AUGGAUACGAAAAAUAUUCAUAAAAGUGAACAUUUGAAUUCAUAAAUUAGGUACAAAUAAUACAAUAAUAAUAUAAUACUCAUAAUAAAGAAGUACCCAAUUAGUGAAAAAUACGGAAUUAUUUUCACAAAAAAUACUGUUAUUUUUUCAAUAUUAUGUAGCAGAAUAUAAGAUUUCUUAAAAAUAAUUCUUUAUCUCUUUUUAUCUCUUUCAAAAAAAACUAAUAAUUAUUAAUUAUAAUAAGUAAUGCAAAUAUAAAUAAAUUGAACAAUAACGAACAAGAUAUAUACGUAUAUCUUUUUUACGACAUCGUUCGACGAUUCUAUUAUAUUUUUAACUUACUAAGUACGUUUAUUCAGUAGCCCACGCGUAAGGGGGAAUAGGGGUUAUAUCCCCCAUUGACUUAAAGGUAUAAUAGUUAUGAAUGUUCAAUUAGUAUUUUUGUUUUGAAAUAAUAAAUUUUAAUCAAAAUCACAAGGGCGAAAAAAGCUUGAUUUAUUGAAUAAAAUUGGCUUUUUGAAUACAGUUUAAUUCUCAUUAUCGGGUUAGUACUCGUAUAACAUAUUAAUAUUCUAAAACACAUAUUAAUAUUCAAAAACACGAGAUCAGUAAAAGAAAUUCAUCAAUUUAACGUGUCUCCCCGUUUCCACCGCCACCUCCUAUCAAACAGUUAACUGUAAUAAUUAUUGUUUAGUAAUUGAUCGUUCGAAAAGAGUACUUUUACCAAAUAAACAAAUAACAACGGUGUUUUUACCGAGUAACACCAAAAAAUCGUCAAAAAAAAACCCUACUUUUCAUAAGUAACUAUUAAUUUAACGAAAAUAUCACGUAUGAUGCACUUUUUACACUAACCUAACCACAUUACACUUAAGCUAGUUUCACUAGGUGUCGUUUUGUUAGGAAUGGUUAUAACGUUCCGUUAAACAACUCUAUGUGUUCUACCUUUCUGAAUUCCCAACUACAACAGUGACAAUAUACUCGUUAGCAGUAUUAGCUCUUUAUUAUAAUCACAUAUCGGUAUUUUAUCUCUAUAAAAUCGUUUAAAAAGAUAGUAGUAGACACUAGCGUUAGGUAUUAAACAUAUUUUACCACCGAAAAUGCAGAUUUUUGAUUUUUCGAAAAUUCGUAUUUUCGUUUACCUCGGUUGCAGAUAAUAUUAUGUGUAAUAUAUUAAACGGGUCCUAUCGUCGUUAUUUCGGACGAUUUUCUUUUGUUUCAAACCGUCGGUUAUUGCGUAGGUUGGUAUACGUUUAAUAUUAGGCGAUACGACGUCAGCAAUUUACAAGUCUCAUUCUGAUAUAUUUAAAUAAUUAUUUUUAACGUUGUAUAUUGUCCAAGAGCCAAGAUUUUCGGUAAAACCGUACCUAUAUUAUAGAGGCCAAAUCCUGUGUUAUUUUGUGCUAGAAUAGUAGUAUCGGAAUAUGCAACCGUGAUAGUUAUUCAUUAUCGCGGGUUAUCUUUCCGUAAACAGAUUGGUAGCGUUGUGGUAUCGAACUAUCGUGAAAUCGACUAUCAUUCAACUGGCAUGUCAUAGUAGUUGAGGUAGUUACUAUCGCCGGACUGUGAAAAUAUAGAUAGUUUUAAACACAACUGUCGUGUAUUCGUGUACACUGUACACGUAUCGCAUAUUUACAGCAUCACAGCAAUUUCUAUCGAAAUUCACUCUGCUAUAAUUAUUAUCAUCGUAUAGUCUUUGUCUCUGCGAUAGCAACUGUCAUUGUACGAACCAAUAACUUGAUACGGAAUGCCAUGUUUUUUACUCGUCCUUUUUCUAACUCACAUAUUGGAAUAUACUUAUAAUCAUGUAAUGGGUGAUAUACACGUUAGAUAUUUGAUAUUUGACAAGUAUAGCAAUACAAGAUACUUGAUACUCGAUAGUUAAUAUUGGAUAAAUACAAAUCAAAGAAUAAAUUUUUUUUUUUUUAGUAUUUCUCAUUCAGUAUCUUAUAUAAAGAUACUGUUAUUCGCCUGUUUUAAAAAUUCCCCAGAUUUAUGUGCAAUCUGGCAAUCACAUUUAAUUUUUAACGUAUUUGGAUAAUUGAAAAAUGAUCCUCCUUUGUCGUUUGUUGGCAAAACACUUCAAAUAAAUAUAUUGAUUUUAGUAUCGCAAUACAAAAUACUCGUAACUUGACAGAACUGUAUUGUGAUACGAGAUGCAACCGAGAUUGGCUUUUGAACUUCUGCAUCGAUUUCAAGAACGCGGACUAAUUGCGUUCAUUUUUUUUCAUUCUAAUUCUUCGCGAAAAAGAUCGUUUAAUUUACGUAUCUACAUAAAAUAAAAUAUAUUGCAGGUGAAUAUUAAAAUAGUAAAAUUACCUUUAGACUUUUAGUAACAGCAGGAUUUAUUUAUUUUUUUAAAGUGCAAUAUUGUAAAUUCUUCUCCUAAUUAUCUACUGAAUUAAAAACGUUAGCCCUUUUUAUGUACAUACAUUUUUACGUUCACCUAAAUCUAUUUUAGAAAGUCGAAGAUUAAAAAAUUCGAUCUUGACUGUAUCGCAAAAAACGUAAUUCGCUUCCAGAGUGUAAAAUAAUAUUGUGGUCAUAAUAACAACGUGUCAAUCAUUACUAACAUUUUAAUGCGCACAAAAAAAAUAUAUUGUUUAUAUUAUCGGUACGUAUAUUAUAUAUUUUAUGCGGCCAAUUUCGCUACGUCGGGUAUCUUUCGCAUUUGAAAUUACAUUUUAACGAAGAACACAAAACGUUAAAGGUUUUAUCGCACAAUUUAGUAAGUAUACCUAUAUUCAAACGGCCAAAGGGAUGAAAUGAACCGUAGGUAUGCCUGCCUAUUUUUGUUUACAUCGUCUCCAAGUGUGUUUCCCGAAAUAAAUAACAGUCGUUGCGGGGUCGAUUGAUAUAUCGGGAACACUGCACAGCCAAUUAUUAUCGUCCCGCGUACACAAUAAAAUGCACGGGGGAGAAAAAAUACUGAUAAAUGGUUUAUCGUAUAGCGUUAAAUUUUUUAGAGCAAAAAAAGGGAGAGACGUUUAGUAGGUAUGUCGGUAUUUGAAUUAUUAUUUAUGAAACACCUACGGCUAAGGGGAAGUGGGAACGAACGAUACACAUAAUAAUAUAAUACGGUGGGCGAAUACAAGUCAAUGCUAAUGGAAGUUCAUAUAUCACUCACGAGGCGCGGCUUUUUCACUCCCCUCCCCUACCUGUAUACGAAUAACGGGAGAGACCACAGUUCGUAUAAACGUGAAAAAUGCUAAAAGCACGUCAUAUUAUUAUUAUUUACGAUAAACGGUCUGGAAUGUCGAAACACCGAAUAACACUACAUUUGAAUAAGCACUCAUAUUAUUAUAUAAUAAACGUCAGAAUCGAUUUUUUUUAUUGGCCGUAUAGACAAGUAUCACGAAGAGUAAAAACUAUCCUUCGAAAAUUUAUUGGCGCUCUUUAGAUUCGGAGCGCGGUGCGAAGAACUAUUUUUACUAAGAUAAGUUUCAUUCCUGUCAUUUUAGAUUUUAAAAAUGUUCAAAUUGUUUCAUACCAUAUAUCUUAACAAAUACUGAUUUUCCGCUAGACGAUGGUAUCUCAUUUGAAUAACUUUUCUAGAUUCUAGACGGGUUGCAGUUUUCCUACAAAAUCAAAACAAAGGACAAUACUAUAAUAUUCUUGUCAGUUUACUAAGAUCUCUGUCCAGAACCGCUUUUUGAUUGUAUUAUUUUUAAUUCAUAGUUCACAAUAUACCUUUCAAACUUUGUAUCUACAAUAGUUACUUAACCAUGGUGCAAAGAAAUUUUUGGGUUUUUACUUUUUAAAUUUUGCAAUAAAUACAUUUUUAAAUAAUUUUUUUUUUUUAGCUCGUUUAAACCACAGCCCCAAUUACAAUAUUAACCGUUUGUCUUAUUUACCGUUUCGGCAAAGAUUUACGCACGGCGUACCACGGUAGAAUACAUUUUAAAAUAUUAAAAUUAUUCGUGAUUUUUGUUUCAGAUACCGCUAUAAAAUAUCCCAACGAACGGCAUUACAUCAGGCCGUCCAAAAAGGUGGGUGAAACAUUUUCAUUCAAGUUCAAUUUCAUUUUGGAUAUUAUUAUUAUUUCAAUCGUGAUUUAAAUAUUAUAUGCUACUAUAAUAUGUAUUUUAAUUAUAGAUGCAAACGGCCAUGGUAGACGAUGAUCUUUUGGAAUUUUUAGUUCGUGUGGCGGAUAAUCCUGCAGAAUGGAAUAAGAUUCAACGCGUUUUGAGUAAGUACAAAAUAUUUAAAAUUUAUGAAUCGCAGUAAUUGAUUUUAUUACGUUGAGUAAAAUAAAAUCCGUGUACAUAUCUCGUCUUUGAUUCCAAAACGAUUCAUAAGACACGAUUGACUGCAAUGUAGCAGUUGGCAGGGUGUUUGCAGAAUGAUUAUAACUUCGAAUUUCAGGAUGACUGCGUAGGUAUUACAUUUUUAAGUAUUUAUAUUUCUAUAAGUUUAUCCAAAGCGUAUGGACUUGUAGUGAUACCGUAUUCUUGUACUUCGGUAAGUAUACAACGUCAUGUUAUCCUCAGAAUCCUGAUGGAGAAUCCGAUUGGUGUUUUAAUAUUAGUUACGUUAUAUCAAUAGGUAUCAAUAGGUACUAUACUCUCUUCGCAUUUGACCUGGACGAUCGAAAGUCCGUAUCGUCAUGUAAAUGAGUUAUGUCCGUCCGUAACAUUCUCGAGACGUCACAUUCUAAUGUUAUUGUAUAGAACUUUCACCCAUGCUGUAUAAUAAUAUACAGUACCUAGAUUGGGUCGGGGACGAUUGUCUCGAAAACAGUCAAUUUGCCUAGGUUACUAGGUUACAUAGGUCAACGUAUCAUCUGUACCGCCGUAAAAUAUCACCUCAUUUACCCAAGGUUGGACAAGUAUAUGAUUUUUUUUCAACUCAGUUAAGUUAAAUUUAAAUUCAAAUAAGGUUAAUUUCAAAAUAAUUCAUCAAUUCAACUAAGCUAGAAAUUAAUCAAAAGUUAAAAUUAACUUUUUAACUCAAAUUAAGUUAAAUAAAAAAAUAAUGUACUUAAUAUUAUUGUAUAUAACCUACUAUAAUGAUCUAUUAAUAAUUUACCUUCAACCCCCGACAGGUGACAACAGUAAAAAAAAACAGAUAAUCACAGAAGUGUUUAUAACCAUUCAUAUUUUUAAAUGUUCAUGAUAUAUAAUAAUAAUAAUAUAUUUAUUUAUAUGAACAUACAAAUAUAAAUUGAAAUUAACUUAACUUAUUUAAAUAUAAAAUUAACUCUAUAGUUAAUUAAAAUUUAGUUAUUUUGUAUUCUUCAAAUAUUUAACAGUUAAUUUUAUAGUUCAACAAAAAAUUAAUUUAUUAAGUUAAAAAGUUAAAUUAACUAAAACUUUAACAAUUAUUAAAUCGUUAAUGCCCAGACUUGCAUUUAUCUGAUAUCGGAUUGAUAACUGUUCAGACUCAACUGAGAUCGGUCGUCACGUCGUAUCGUUCGCGUGCCGGAUUCAUAUUAGAAGUAUUGCAAGACUCGAAAUGUCGGUCGCGUGUAACUCUCAUAAAAUAACAUAAUAACAAUAUUAUUAUUACGUUGAUUCACGUGCAGUACACGCAUUGCGGGGAAUUUCCUUUGGUUUACAGGCUAAUAGUUUCACUCACGGUAUCACGACAUGCUGCGUCCAAAAGUUUACCCUUUAAUCGGUAUCGCGCGCGGUGUAAACACACGAAUUGGUUAUAAGAAAACUUCCGGUUAGGGAAGAAAAUAAUAAUAAUUAUAAUAGGUAUACGUAUAUAUCGCCCGUUCUCCAGACGCGCGUAUGGCGGAAAUCAUUAAUUUUAAGUGCCUCCGAUUUUCUCGCAUGCGCCCUAUCACGCGAUUGAGGCUAAUGAGUGGAUCACUAGUGUACAUAGCUAGUAUAUUAUUAUUAUUAUAAUACAAAAGUACGAACCGUUUACUGCGUCUGUUCUUUUUUUUUCUUCCGAAUUGUCUGUGUUGUCGCGUGUGUACCAUAGCGGGUAUUAUAGACACCGGCAAUAUUUGAAUACCUAAAAAAAAAAAUAUAUAUAUAUAUAUAUAUGGAGUGAUCAAUCUAUCGUAAGAUCAUCAUUAUCUCGGAAAGUAUUAACUUUUUUCCGGAAUUUAUUUUCUAGAAAAGUUAAGAAACAAGCUGCUCUACAAUUUUAUAUUUAUGUUGUUUUUUCACUCUUAUUUGUAUGGAUAAAACCACUACUUACUUUUGAUUUUCAAAUAGCAAUCUAUACUGAAAAUUCCAUAAAUAAACGAAGUAUUAUUUAAAAUACAUUUUAGUGUUGAAAUUUUUGAUUUCCAUCAAUUUGUUGACGAGAUAUUCACUUUUAAGGAUGGGUUGCAGGAGAAUAAUAGUGCAUUAUUAGCACGUCGCGGCCGUACCGCCACACAAAUGAUACUCUUGCAAUAUUCUCCUGCAACCCAUUCUUAAAAGUGGAAUAUCUCGUCAACGGAUUGACGGAAAUCAAAAAUGUCCACACUAAAAUGUAUUUUAAAUAAUACUUCGUCUAUUUAUGGGAUUUUCAAUAUGGGUUGUCAUUUGAAAAUCAAAAGUAGGAAGUGGUUUUACCCCCGAAAAUGAUGCUGUCAAAAAUAACACAAAUAUAAAACUGUAGAGCAACUUGUUUCUUAAAUAUUCUGGAAAAUAAAUUACGGAAAAAGUAAAAACUUUCCGAGAUAAUGAGUGUCUACGAUAGAUUGAUCACCCUCUACAUAUGUUACGCUAAAUGUUGUGAAAUCGGUUAAUCUUUUCAUUUUUAUAUAUUAACCUAUUUUGUGCCAUUAGUUUUAAUAUUAGAGUAUGUUAGCUUAUUAUCAAACUUAAAGGUGAGAAUAUUGUUUGUAUUUAUACUUUGAUAUUUUUUCGAUAUUUUAAUUUUUAAGCAAGAUAGGAUGAUUUUAAAAUUGUAAUAGGUUAUAUAUCCGUAACUAACUUGAAAAUAAAAAUUUCGAAAAAAAAAACUAACGUACAAACAUAGACAAUGUUUUUAUCUUUAUGUUUUUCAUUAUAAACAAACACACUUUAAUGUUUAAACUAACAGCGCACAAUCGGUUUUUAUACACACGAAGUAUAAAAUAUAACAACAUUAACCGAUUUUACAAUAUUUACCGUAAUCAUUAUAUAUAUAUAUAUACAUGUAUAUAAUAAACUAUAAAUUACGUACCUACUUACAAUAAUAUUAUCAUCGAUAAUUUCGUGUUGACAAGUACACAUAAUAGUUUAAGUUUAACCGCCAAUGAAAUACUAGUAUUCUCAAAAAACAUGAUGAAAAAUUAUAAUAUUUCGUAGGUAUUUGUUAAAUAUCAUUAGAAUCAUUAAGUUUUUAAUGCACGCGCGCGUUCGUCGCAUUUAUUUACGUCUUUUUUGAAAAAAAAAAAAAGAAAAAAAGUAGAAUAACAAGGACAUAAUUUAUUUCUGAGUGAACUAAUCGCACCUAAAUAAAUAAAACUGUAUUUUUGACGUAAAAUCAAUAAACUAAAAUAUGAAUCAUUAAUUUCCCUCCCUUUCCGACAAAAAAUAGCUUAAUACAACAUUUUAUGUCGUCUAAAAAUAUAACAAUAUUGUUUGCGAAUUCUCUGAUAGGCGGUGGGUUAUAAUAUUAACAGCUUUACACUUUCCGUACGCUUAAUGUUUGUUUUAAUCUUUCCCUCCCCCUUAAAAAAAUAUAGCAGCACGGUACUAGGGAAUUGAUGUUUUUAUAAUAUACAUACAGAGUGUCCAAUGAAGAUAAAACCGAUCGCGAUAUCUCGGGAAGUAUUAAAAUUUUUCGGAGUUUUUUUUUUUUUGCGGGGAGGUAAAACAACUACCCACUUUUGAUUUUCAUAUGGCGAAUUAUGUUAAAAAUUCCAAAAAUAGACGGAGUAUUAUAGUUUAAAUAAAUUUCACAUAUUGCGUUGACAUUUUUAAUAUUUCCGUCAACCCGUUAACGGAUAGAUAUUCCAUUUUUACGUUUUGGUAGGGGGAGAGUAGUGGGGCACUACUCCAAUCGUUGCUCGCCGUGCCGACACAUAAAUGAUCGCAAUAGGUAUAUCUUCCUUGGGCACUCUAUAUAAUUUGAAAUAAUCUGUAACACCGUCCACUGCAACGGAAAAAUAAAUUAACUAAAAUCUCACAAAACUACCGCGGUAAUUAAUUAAGAACUCGUGAAUAAUAUUGCACCUUGUACCUUGUUGGGUUUACUCUAUUGUGCCCGCGGUGUGGCACUCGUAAAUAAUUAAAACCGACCCUGACUAGCCGCUGUAACUGUAUACAAUUUAAAUUUUUAACGUUAAAAGAUAUUGCGAAUGCGAAAUCGUAUGGCUGAAAUAUUUUAACAAAUGACUUUUAUUUUUUACUCUAUUCCCUUUACAUUACUGCAUCAAUUACCGGCACAUUGUAUAAGUGUAGGUUUAUACUUUUUGUGAAUCAAAACGAGAAUAUAAUAUCGGAACCGGGAGUUCGUUAUAAAUAGUGUGCCGAGAGGCUUUUGAACAAUCUCUGUGGAAUGAAAAACCUCCUAUUUUUUUCCCCCCUUUCAUCGGCGCUACGUCGUGGUGCUCCUUACAUCUGUUCGCAUAUAAAAGCACUUAGGCGAAUUGCAAUGGAAAGUAUUCAAUACACGACACGUGACUUGUUCACCGUUUUAGCAAUGUAUAUAUAUAUAUAUAUACAUAUAUAAUAUAUAUAUUUUUCAUAAAUACGAUCAUUACAUAGGAGUGCGGCGGGAGAAAAUUAAUGAAAAUCUGGAGUUUCCGCAUGUGUUUUGGAUUCCGAGUGAUAAGCGAAGAAACAAAUGAGAAGAUAUUUGUUUUAGAACAAACACACAAUUAUUUUUUUUCUACGAAACACUUUACGCACGUAGGAUGAAAAAUAUAAUAUUUAGAUAAAAAAUUAUUAUUAUUCGGUAAAUUAGUUUGAUUAUUUGAUAAUUGAACGGCGGGUUUUUAUAAUAUUUUCGACCUUUCGUGGCGUUUCCUAAUUAAUUUUUUUUUAAUUUUCUGUAAUUGUUUUAAUUAACAAAGAAUAUAAAAAAUGUUACAAAGGUAACAAAGAAACUACAUUCAUUUUUAACAAUCCAUAUCUCUUUGAUUUAUUUUUGAAAUUGUAACGAAUAAUUUAACAAAUUAGAAAAAUGAAUAUCGUUUCAUAGUGUAUAUUCAUCGGAGUGAAAAGAGAUGGCUGCUAGAGGCUAGGCAUAUUUCCUAUGAAUGUUUUUGGAAAGAUUUCAAAAACAUAAAUAGGAAUAGGUUUUUAGGAUAGGAAUAGGUAGGUAGAAAUAGAAAUAAAUAGGUAAGAAUAGAUAAAGACCGGGUUUUAAGUCCCAGUACAACUUGAAAAAUCUAGUUAUGAAUACAAAUACCCAUUUUUGGUGAUCAUUGAAUUGGCUCCCAAUGUUAUGUGAAGUACCUCAUCGAACUUUGAACCCAAAAAACUAAAUAUUGAAUUAGCUUUUAAUACAUUUUUGACUAAGUGGUUUUCAAAAUAUAAAGUGGUUCUAUAAAUAUAAAAGUGGAAAAAGUACGAAUUUUAAUAUUUUUAGUGACAUAAUGUCAAAUAACUGCUUGGAAUUAUCUAAUCAUUAAUCUGAUAACGUAUUAAACAGUCACAACUAUCGUAAUUAUACAAUUUAACUACUAAUUUCACUGAUAUCGUUAAACGCAGUACCUACGUCACAAUUUGUCACAAUUCGUACCUCUAUAAGAUAUGUAUAAAAUUAAUUCGGUCGAAAAAAUAAAUAGUGAAAAAGAUAAUUAAUUUUAAUAGUAAAUAAUUUUAAAUUUACCUAUCACGAACCUCUCCAAAAAAAUAUUAAAAUUUACUAAAUUUUAACAUUUUCGAUGAUCUAUAUAAUGUAAUAUUUGUUUUUUUAAUUAUUUUAAUAUAUUAUACUUAAAUUAAUAUUUCAAACAAUUUUUAUAACUAAUGGAUUUUUUAUGCUGUAGGAACUCAAAUAAAUACAUACAUCUUGGAAGCCAAUUCAAUAUGUAAAAACAUCGAUUACCUAAAUUGGGAGCCAAUUCAAUAGCUCCACCAUUUUUAAGUUAUGUAUACCUAAUGAAAUGAAGUUUGAAUAGUGCUAUAGUGAAACGCCAUAACUAUAACAAGCAAUAAUAGAACCGUGGUAAUAUUGAUUCAAAUGUAUAACAGCAGUAAUACUUAAUAUAUAAUAAUAUGUUAGAUGAAUACAAAUUGUACAAUAUUUGAAUGAAAAAAAAAAAAUUUGUUAUUUUUAUAAAACUUAACAUUUUCCUUAGGUACUAAUAUGUAUUCACAGUGAAAAACCUAACCCCCGUUUUUCCGACGCCAAUACAUCUACGAUUUUGUUAACCGUAACCGAUAUAUCUCUGCGUGUACAUAUUGAGGAGAACUAUUCCAUUUAAUCGGUUUUCCAAGUUCGUAUUCCUAUGAUAAUAUAGAUUUUAAAACGUUGAAAUAAUUGAAAUUUAUAAACGAUAAACAAACAAUAAAAUAUUUGGUUUUUCCCCCUAACACGGUCGAAGGGGGUGUCUGAAUCCGGUGUCUGCCCAAUCAUAUUGGCCACUGACUCGUCGGGAGUGUUUUCUAUGUUUUAUGCAUUCCUCCCCCUCCUUCUCCUAUAUCGUCGGCGCAUUAUAAAUACUAUAUUUCCGGGCUAUAAAAAAAAUUACAGAAGUCAAACUAUAUUAUACUAUUAUAUAUUACACGUACAAUAUUGCUGUCUGCAUUGGUCUCCGUUAUAAAUAUAAUAAUAAUGUAUACGGAACAUAAACCUUAUAAAUUAUGAUUUAUUAUACUUACGAGAUAAUAUUUUUGACGCUUAUGCGUGGUUUUUCGAUUGCCGUAUUGUGUAACACAAUAAUAUUGUACGAUAAAAUAUGCAAACACAAAAACGGACAAAUUAUUGGCACGUCGCCGAUUCAAUUUGAACACCGUCACUAUAUAAUAAAAUAUAUUAAUAAGUUUUGAAUUGAGUGCAAUGCGCUAUUGUGCGUGCAGUCACAAGCUAGUUUAUAGUAUUAUAACCCCUGCCAACAUUGUUUUUGAAACGAAUAUUAUUAUCGAAAUAUUAUAAUACGGCCGAUUAUGGAGAUUAUUGGUGUUGCGCGGGCAUACCGAUAUCCUAUAUUCACCUGUUGGACAUGAAGAAAUUAAAAUUGCAUAUAAUGGAAUAUUAUCAACGGGAUAUUAUUCAAAUUAAUAUGCAAGGUGUAUGUGCGGCAGAUUUAUCGGUAAUUUUAUUGUGUACGUAAUUACAUAUUAUACACAUACAUUAUACGGUCGAGUGUCUAAGGUAUACAUUUGAAAUUAUGACAUAUGAAAAACGUAAAAAGUUCGGGGGUUCCCAUUAGCUAAACGCAUUAUCCGAUGAAUAGAGUGGUUAUAGCCAUAGUCAGUGUGAAGAAGAGGGACGUAGAAAAAAAAAGUAAAAUUUACUUCACCUUAUAGUUCAAGAAAUUUUGAUGUUGGUAAUCACUCUUUGGUAGCCCCCUAUGUAGGGAGCUACCACCUUGCUAAAUCUUAGCUAAACGCGCUUAGAUAAAUCGCCCCUUCGACAUUUGCCCGUCGUCCUGGGAAACGACCCGGAGGACAACCAAAAGAUUAACAGGGGCGUUCAUGCGUAAAAUUGUUCGUUGUUUUUCACACAAUAAUAUAGUAUCGGGAAAAAAUAUUAUUGUUUUUGUUUCUAAAAAGUUUACGUACCCAUUAUAUUAUACUGCCACACAGAAUGCACACGGUUCAUUUUCCUUGUAGUUUUUUUUUUUUUUUUUAAUAAACGAGAAGAACUGGCAAAUUGUAUUUAUUUGUAGGUUAUCUUGGUUACGUGAGAGACAAAUACAGUUAAUAAUAUUCUGUUCAGAAUCUUUUUUUAUUAGCAAGAGUUUAAAAAAGCGGACAGAUACAAAUCGAAUUACUCUAUAAAUCUUCCCUUCCAACUUCUCUCAUAAAAUAAUAGCACACCCAUCAGCAGUACCAUCCUUUUUUUCUUAUUUUAACUAUUGGAUUUGUUAGGGAAUAGUAUAGCAGUAAUAAUAACUUAGCAUAACUGAUUUUUUACAUGAUAAAAUUAAAAUACCAAAUCUGUGGGUUAACUUUAGGCUUGUCCAGAUCAUUUAAAAUCGUCAAACCGCUGCUGUGAUCGAUCUGUCUAUGUUUUUUUAUCACAAUAUUAUUAUUUUAAUAGAAUUACGAGUACAUAUUGAUAUAAUAUAUUCAAUAUAUUAUAUUGAAUUUAUUGAAAUGUUUAUUUAUCAUAGAAUCGUAUUUUAGUUUUUACUGUCAACAGACAAAAAUGAUUCGGUAAAUGUUUGCCUCUACUUUAUAUAAAAAAAACCCGAUAAAGCGACGUGGCAAAGAAUCGGCGGAAUCAACAAAAAUAACAAAAUAAAAAAAUAAAUAAAUAUAAAAUCCACUUAGUAGAUUACCUAUAUUAGCGGUUUCAAAUAAAAUAAACUGCAAUAUACCAGUAUACUACGCGAUUUAAAAGGAUAGAAAAAAAUAUUAUUAUAAUUAUAUCGUAGUGGCGUAUCGAAGGGUCACGAAAACUAUUUUCCCUCCCCCUUUCACCGGAUUUAUUUAUUUUUAAGACGUAUAUUCAUCGUCUCCGUAUAUAUAUUAAAACGUAUAGUGGUAUUGCAGAUAAGAUUUGGCUGUUACCUGAAAAUCAUAAUAAUUAUGUAACACAUUUUUACAUACUAAAUUAUCAUAGACUCGAAUUUGAUGCCGAGUUGCAUAAAACUUUAUAGACCCAUAAUAUUUACCAAUGGCUAUGGAUUCUAUAAAAUUAAAAACCGUUUUCUAAAAUGAAUAUUAUAUGUUACCAAGGUAUCGAUAUCUGAACUGAUUUUAAUCUUAUAUGAUUUGCAAAGCUGUUUACAAAACAUAAUACUUAGUGGACAAUCUCCUUAUCAGUUAAUUAUAAUUUUAUUUUUUAUCAUGAUAAAACGUAAUUAAAUUUUCUCUUUACUGAGGCGUUAUUUUGUGGUCGGUCGUCGGUGAAACGAUGGGUAUAAAGUAACCUUGGUACAACAAUUUGAAAAGCCAGUAUGACAUUCAAUCCCGGUGAAGAAUGUUGUUAUACGCCUUUCAAAAUGAAAGGUAAUUCAUUACAUAAUUGUAUAAAACUUUCAAAUAAUAAUUUUGUUUUAUUUUGUCUUUCGACGAGACCAUUAAAAGAUAACUAUUUGUGUAGUUUCUGCUAAAAGGAAGAGCUCGUUAUUCAAUUUGUUCAUAAAUUCCUUUCCUUAGUCAUAAAUUUAGAUCUUUGGACAACUAUUUCGGCAAAUAACCAUAUCAUACAAAAACCAGAUUAAACAUCUAAAUUUAAAAUAAAAAUGUAUUUCAGUGUACUUGUUAAACUGCAGUGUUUAUAAAAAAAACUUUUUGAUAAAACUUUUUUUAACGUGAAUUUUAUAUUUUAAACAGUUUUGAAGUGUUUUUUAGAAUUGUAAUUUGGUAAACUAUUGCAACCAAUUCUAAGCGAGUUAAAACGUUUUUGCUUAAAUUUAAAUUGUAUAAAUCUGUAACUAUAAAAUAAUAAAUAAUAUGAUACAUAAAGAAAAACUCCAUUUUACAAAAAAUUAAAAAUUAAAUGCAAAUAACAAUUAAGUAGCUACAAUUAUUGUUUGCCUUUUUUUACAGAUUAAGCCGUACGAACAUUUAAACGAACUUAAAAGUUAAAAUGCAUAAAAAAUGAUCUGAUACUGCUGACGAGUGUGUCGUAGGUGCAAAGCUGGUAGGGUAAAAAAAUAAAACCGUUUAAUUUAUGUCUCUAGUCAACGAUAAAUCAUUCUGAAAAAUAUUAUGAAACCUCGUGAAUUUUACGAUUUUUCUUAACAUUUGUACUUAAAAUCGCUUAUAAAAAAACCUACUACAUUACGCUCCACGAAUUGUUUUACUUUGAAUAUUAAUUUAUAAUGAAACUUGUAUUAAAUUAUUCAGUUUUUUCGCUUGGUCAAAAUUCGGAUAAAAUCAAAUGAUAAAUCAAAAAAAAAAAAUCGAAAAUGUAAAAUGCUAAUAAAUACCUCAAAAACUACCAUUAAGUUUUUACCACGUCUAGAAAGUGUUCUCUAAAACUAUUUUAAACCGAAUUAAAAUAUAAAAACAAAAUAGAAAAUAAUUAGAAUUGUAUAGUUUUUGCUACGGUUUUUUCUUCAGUUUUUCUAAUUAAUUAGAAAUAAAAAAAUUACCACUAAAAUGCUAUAACUAUGUCAGCAUUUUCAACAAGAAAGCACUUAUGGUGUUUUUGUAUAAACGCCAUUUCUGGUCAAAAAAUUGUUUACACAAAGAAUACAUACACACACAUGAGUAGUAAAACUAUGAACCUAAAAUACUAACAAUAUUGCAGCAUUAAAAAAAAAAUAAAAAUAAUAUACAGGAUAAAUUGUCUACUCCAAUUAGCUCGAUGAGUUCUGAGCAGAGAUCGGUAAAACAGAUUACACCUUUUACAAAAAUUGGUGGGGGUAGAGUUGAUUUGACUCCGACAUUGAUGUUCCCAUCUGGAUUUGACUCUUGAGGAAACGUUAGAGUAGGUCCAGUUGAAGUGGUGGGCAUUGGAUCAUCUUGUGAAAGCGGUUCAAGCGGUUAGCCGUAAAAAAUAAUUUUUUGUUGCUUUUUGUUUUUGGCGACUUUUGUUCAGAAGUGNUGUUUAGGCGAGCAGGCUGUAGAUGAUCGCUUGUUUUGGCGACGGCUGAAUUUGUGUGUUUAUUUUUGGAUGUAGGUUUACGCAUAAGUUAUAAUUUCGAUAAGCUGAAGACACUGCCGCCGCAGCGGCGUGCGAUAAGACAGCACGCGGGUUGAAAAAGGUAUAAUAAAUAUUAGGAAAGCAACGACGAGAUUAUUAAGUAUUUGUUAAUUAUAGCAACUAUAAAUAAUUAGAGAAAUUAAAUAAUGAUUUCAAUUACGUAGUCAGUUAUUUAAACACCUAAGUUUUAAGUAUAAUUUAAUUGAUACAUAAGACCAAGAUACAGAAUAAAAUAACGAACACAGACGGAUCGCAAGCAGUGUGCACGACGGCGGCCGAACGCGAACUCCUAAAAUGUUUUUAAAAAAAAAAGAUGCUUAAAAUGUUUUAAACAAAAAGUAUUUUAAAAAUUAUAAGCUAGUAUAAAUUUACUGCUUUAGGGAUUUACACUGAAUUUAUUCAGAAACAACUUUCAGUAAGGUCAGAUUAAGUUUUUUGCAAGCAUCGCCUUGUUUUAUAAUAUUAUCCAUUAUAACUGUAUACCUAUCUGUAGGCAACAAUUGACUAUUGCUAACGAAAAACAAUUCUGAGUGGAAUUCAGUUAAUAGUGUUGGCUUGUCAACAAUAUAUAUGUCACAUUAUGGUAAAAUAGUUACAUAUGCAUUAUAUAUUUUCUUUAAUAAUAAUUAUUUAAUAUUGUAUCUAUUUUUUCGUUUUUCUCAUUUGUUGGGAGAACUCCUUAGAAAAUAAAGUACCACCCCUAGGAAAAUUCCCUUUUAGAAAAAGUCCUAUGCUUGAUUCUUUGGAGCGAGAUUUCCUGUAAAAUUACUAAGUUUAAAAAUAAUAAUAAUUAUAAUCUUAGUAAUCUUAAGUAUUAUAGUAGGUUAUCUUAUAGUAUUAUAAUCUUAGUAAAAUCGAAACCAAUGGAUUCAUCGCUAUACUCAGAAUAUAAAAUAAAAUAUUACAAUGAGUAUCUACUUUAGGAAAUUAUUUAUCACCGUGGUAAUAAUACACAUGAGGUAAUAAUCGUCUCUUGCUAUGUAUAUACAAUACAUAGUAUUAGAGAGAGUAUUAGAGACAUGAUACACAUGUGCAAACUAAGUAUCGUUUUCUUUGUUUUACACUUACAGUUAGUAGAUGUGUGCCAAAAUUUGCAUAUAGUACCUCUUAAAACGUGCAAAUUUUUCGGUGUAUAAUACAUUAUUUUUAUAAAAAAAUAUAUAAUAAAUGUAAACACAUUUUUUUUUUAAUAUUUACAUUAACGUACAUUUUUCCUCUUUUGGAAAUUCUGGGCACAGCAGUGUAAUAUCUUGUUAAUAUUUAUUUAAAUGUAAGCAUGUAUAAAAACUGCUACAGCUUCAGCUCAAUACGCUCUGUGUAAAACGCCGUUAUUUGUUUUCGGAUUUAUUCCGCGUUUAUAGUAUUAUUGUGAUAGACAAAAUUCAACAUAAUAAUGCAAUAUAAGAGCAGAAUGAUUUAACGGAUGUAGCAGUCUAAUAAACACUCUCUACAAACAAACGUUCUGACUUGGCGAACGUUGGCGGCGAAAUUCUAUAAACCAAUAAUAUUAUUAUUCCAGUUCUAGACGCUUGCAUAAUAUUAUUAUGAUAAUAACGUUUGUACAUUAAUAAUAAUGCAGCAUUGAAAGUGAAACUAAACUUCAGGUGAAUGAGAUGAAAACGCAGUAUUAUAUUAUAAGGAGAUAAGAACAGCGGGUGGCGUAUAUUGUAUUUAUAAAAUAGAUCGAUACGAAUUGGUAGAUCGUUUUAAAUAUCUUGGCGAAAUAAUAACUGAAAUCAUACAUACAGCAAAAGUUGAUGGUAGCAGCAAACGAUAACAUAACCUGAAAACAGCGGCAAUGGAAAAACAAAGAGCUUCGUUUAGAGAAAAACAUAAUGGUAUUUAGCGAUCAUCAAAUAAGAUAAACUGUGACAGGAUAUACGUGUACUGAAAAAACAAUAAUCCAUUACUACGGAUUCGUGCUGGACCAGAAUCCAAUUGAUAAAAUAUCUUUCGAAAAGUCAAAGACGAAAUGACCAAACAUGGUAAAAAUAAUUUUGAUCAAAUGGGCAAAAAUGGUUGGAGGAUUGGUAUAAAUUCAAAUAAUAAUGAGAUAAUCGUGUUUGAGAAACGGGAUGAAAUUAUUUUUUUAGUACGUAUGUUCCUAUAUCCAUUCAAAUUCGUUGUUUUUGAUUGAGCUUACUAAAAGUGACGGCACCAAGGAUGUGUCAGGGUAUACGAUGGUCCAUCUUGAAAUUUUAAUUUGAUUCGACAGUUUUAAUUAUUUUUUUUCAAGAAUUAUAGUAUUUUUUCUGUUACACGUUUGGUGCUUACUCGCGUGUAGUUUUGUUUCGGCAACAUGCAAUUUGUAAAAUAUUAUUUUGAAUCAUUUAAUAUGGUAAUAUUAUAAUCAUACGUCUAAUAGAACUAUAAAAGACAGGCAGGGUAUGCAAAUAACUUAAAGAAAUUAAAUUUCGGAUCAAAUAAACAUUUUGUAUUACGAAGUUAUUCACUAUUUACGAUAUUAAUCAAUAGUUAUAUAUUAAUUUCAAACCUAAAAGUUGGAUAAAACUAUCGUUUCAAUCCAAAGCGAGCCAACUGACUAAUUUAAAAAAAUAGCAGCGCAUCAUUGUAAAAUCGUAACGAUAUAUAUUUAUGUAUUCGUUCCUCCGCGACCAAUGUUAAAAUUCUAAACGAUCCAUAGAAAAAAUGAAUAGGAAAAGCGCGAAUAAGUUUUUUCUUCGAUGUAUCCCUUGAGUGCAGUCGGGUUAGGCGAUUAUUGAAUUUCGUAGCCGUACAGAAUAAAUAACCGUCUCUUCUGCCGUAAAGAUUUCAAAUUAUUACGAUGAUAUGAUAUUAUUAUUUAUUUUUUUUUUUUGAAUAUCGAAAAAUAUCAUUGUGUACGUGUCGUCGUCACGUGUCACAUUGGUCAAUCGAUUACAACAGGGUUUUUUUAUUGUAAAUUUAUGGUGUUUUUUUUGUAAUCGUUUAAAAAUGUGACACCGACGUGACAUUAAAAGUAACUUUAUUAAGUAUGCGUGGUAUAUUUAAAACGUCUAUCCCAUAAUGUUUAUUACAUUGAACAUUUCCAAAUCCAAAUUUUAUUUUUAUUUGACUCAACGAGAAUAUAUGUAUAUUAUUUACGUAUUUAACUUCACAUCCGAAGCCUAUUACCGUGUUAAUUAUUUAUUGUAGAUUGAAAAACGUGGGCACGUACUACUGAAACAGCCCUGUGUGUGAUAAUUAUUAAUAAAAUAUUAUAAGAAUUGACAUGUAUGUAUGUAGAACAGUAUUCUUGUAUUGCGUUAGUUUUAUCCGUGACCACAGAGAGAUCUCUGCUGUAAGGAAUAAUUGCGGAUGAAAGUAUCGCGGAGUUUCGAAAAAAGAAAAGCAAUUUAAAGUACAAAAUAGUUUUAUUUUUGCAUGUAAAUAAUAAUAUUGUACUAUAUUAUAUAAAAUGAUAAAGAUCCACCUGACUUAUGAACCAUUUUUAGAGAAUUUAUUCUGUACAGUCAUUUAAUUUGUAUUCAUUUUUUUUUCAAGAAGUAAAAUUGAGAUAUUGUAAAGGUAUUACCGAGACUCAAGCCCUGUACAAUUUUGAACUGAUCAUGUUUAUGUAACUCUACUAAUGUUUUUGUUUUUGUUAUUUUUUUUUUGUCUAGUUUGUUUUAACGAGUUAAAAUUAAAACAGAUAAACGAAAUGUUUGUUCGAUGGAAUUUUGAAUUAUACUGAGUUAAAGAAGAAGAGGAAAUUGUAGAAAUGUAUUCAUAAGAAUAUUAUAUUUGAGUUAUUUACAUACUACAUUCAUAAUAAACCAUUGAUAAAUAAUCACCACUUACCAAUUAGCAUUUAUUCCCAUGCAUAUAAUAUGGCUGCAUACGAAUUGCGUCCCGGUAUUUUUUUAUGGCCAUAUUAAUAGCGUUACGUAAAUUUAAUACCAGCUAAACAAUAUUUUCAAAUAAAAUUGAUAUCCUAUUAUAUAUAUUACAGAAAACCAAAGUAAUGAAUUAGCCUAAUUUGUCGCCUUUUUAAAAAUCGGCAAAAGUGUUGUAUAAAGAAAAUUUGACAUUGAUUUUGUUGAAUUAGACAAAACGUAUAAAAAUACGAAUUGAAAUUCUACUUAAACGUAAUUAAAUUUAAAAAUAUAUUCUUAGCUCGUACGCAUGACAACUGAAAAGUGAGUCAUAGACACGUCUUAUGUAUACGUGCACCCACUUAGUUUGUGGUAAUUUCAUAAACGAUAUUAGGCUGCAGAUUAAUGUGCGCAUUUUCCGUUACGACACGCUUCAAGACACAUGUUUUAGAUUCACCACAGAGCAAUAUAGUGAAUAAUAUGAAAAAUAUUUUUUUUAUAGGAUCGGACAGGUAUUAAACAUUUAUAUCCAAUGCUAUUUUUCUUUCAGGUUCUGAGCGUAGCGAGAGAUUUAUCGGUUUUAAUAUGUGUUGUUUUUAUUCAAAAAUGGGGCACAAACACUAUUUCGUUAUUUUCAAUUUUACAUUCUGAGUGGAGCGAAUCUGUGCGCAUCUUUUUUAACAAAAAUCUUCCACAGGUUUUUUAGUGUAGCACUUUUUCUGAAAGGAAAUCGGUUUGGGGAGGUACUUGAAGGAGGUUAUUUUUUGAUUGCAUUAGAAGAUUUCUCAUUAAUUUUGAAAAACCGAAACUAAACUGAGGAAAAAAGGAAAAUAUAAGAAAUAUAGUUAAAAUAUAUUUUGGCCUUCUAGUUUCCUGUGAACAAUUUUUUUACUAGCAAUAUUGAUUCAAUUUAUAAUGGUAGUAUUUUUUCUAAAAGGAAAUCCGACUGGAGAGAUACUUUAGAGAGGUCAUUUUCUGAUGAGUUUUCCCAGCAAUUGUGAAAAACCGGGAAAAACGUAUGGAAACUGUGAAAAUCGAUACAACAUUAAACAAACAUUAUAAAAGAGAAUACACAAAGUUUAUUUAUUUAACUAUAAUAUGGCAAAUAUAUUGUUGAUGAAGCAUCACUGUCAACUGAACUCCCCUCAGAAUCGUAAACGAUGUUUGUCGUGAAAUGUAUUUGAUGAUAUAAACAGAUUUGAAUCAAAUAUGUAUUAAUUUUAGAUUCUGAGUUUAACAAAAAAUGUAUUGGUUUUAUAAAGAUGUUUAUUUUAUUUUUAUUUUUUGGUAUGUGAACACUAUUUCCACUAAAAAAAUUACUCUGAACUUUUCUGAGGCAAAUUGUUCUUUGGAUGGUACUUUAAAGAGGUCAUUUUUUAAAUUUGUCAUUGACUUUCGAGAUAAUAAGGAAAACCGGGUUCUUUAGGUUAAAUUGAUAUACUGUUGAACGGAGUUCAGUUUAUAGUAUUGUCAAUUGAACUUCGCUCAGAAUCGUUUUUUCGUUAUCAAUGGUUUAUCUUUACUUCCAACUUUCCAUCUAUACAAGUGACUGCGCCUACGUGCGAUGUAUGUCCGUCCUUUUUUUUUUUUUAUAAUUAUUGUAUUAAUUUAAAAUUUUGACAAAAUUCAUAAUAUAUUUAUAGUUUUUUACUUAGUUUUUAUUUGGUAUAUACUAUACAGAUAUAGUUGUUUGACCGAUCAGAAAUGUUUGAAAAUUUAACAAAAAGUUCGUUUUAAGUACAAUGGUAAAACAAAGUUUCAUGUAGAGGUUGUUUUUUUUUUAUGAUGGAUCAAAUUUUGAUGAAAAUCGAAAAUAUUACUUCCUAUCAAAUGACAUAUAAAAUAAUUUCGCUCAGAAUGGUAAUUCAUCAGAAAUGAUUAAUCGAUGGGUACAGAUAUAGACCAUUUGUAUCUUAUAAUCUCUGCAACUUUCCACCGACCACAGUAUCAGACUCGGUAUUAGGUAUUUUUUAAUUUAAUUAAUCAUAUCGGUGUUGGUGAACGUUAGCUUAAACGCUAAAUUAAGUACGAGCUCCGGCCGUGGCUUAUGUGAGGACGUAAGGAUUGCGAUUACAUAAUAAUUAUCACUCAUCAUUUCUAUCCGUAAUUAGCGUUGAACCAAUAUAGGCACCACGAGCAUUUUCAUAUCUAAGACUUUUUAGUGAGUUUCACCGUGGUUGUGAUUGGUUUCCCCUUCAGUCUGUCUAAACCGUAAUAUCUGCGAUAGAUAAUUAUUUGAAAAAAAAUAAAAAAACACCUACAAAAAUGUUACAAAUAGCAAAGCCACGGUUGUACGCAGGCAUUAAGUGUUUUACGAAACCGAUAUUCGUGGUCUUCGUAUAGAAAAUAAUUUACUUUGAUUUGUUAUUAUUGACAGUAUUCCAGGACAUGCGUUAAUUGUAACAUUAAGUGUAGUAUUUUCCGCACGAACAAUUUACUUUUAUUGACAUAUUUUACCGUCCGUCGUUACAUUUUACCUAUAAAUUAUUUUUACCGAAUUUACUACGCGCAAAUAACGAUUUUAACAGAUUUGUCUAGGCAAUGUUAUUAUUUAUCACGGAAGAAUUAUUUCGCGUUUAUCAGUAAUUUUUAAACUAUGGUACGUAGUAGGUAACAUAGUGGCUCGCAAAAUGCCGAAAAGUAGUUUGGAUAAUUAAUUAAUAUAUACUUGUACAAAUGUUAUUAAUGCGUUAUACUGUUUUAUAUUUUUAAUUUUUAUAAUGUUAAUUAUAGUGUAGUAUUUUACUGUCUUACGCGCUGUUCUUAUAUUAUUUUUAAAUAAAUGUAUAGUCAUUAUGAAUGGUUCGAGUUUUAGUCAUAAGAAGGUACGUGACAAAUCCAUAAUACAUAAUAUGAAUGGUACACGAAAAUAAAGGAUAAGGUUUCAGGAUCUCUGACCUAGACGAAUAAGAUGAUAAAAAAAAAAAGAACAUCUUAUUGUAUUCGACUCGUCCGCGGAUAAAUGACACACAACACGGCCGGGUUGACGUCAUCGGAGUCUCGCACAUUCACGUUUAUUUCAGCAGCGAGAAACCGCUCAUAAAAAAAUAAUGUAUAACGAAAAAUAAUACGCUUCGAUGUGUUAACCUUUGUGGCGGCGGCGACCUACCGUCAAACGAUGACCUUUAUUGCGGUUAGUAUACCGGUACCUCAAUAAUAGCAUUACGGGUAUUAUGUAUUUCUAUGAGAGUCGUAAAAAAAAAAGGCCGUUAAGAAAAAAAAGGGGGCAAUGUGCCCGAGAUAAUUAUACGACAUACGGCCGGUAUACGUACAGGGCGUCCCGUCUCAUUCCGACGGAUUUCUCGAGAGCUGUUAGUAUUUAGUUUUUCGUUUUAAAUCCACUUAUCUUGAAUCUAUUUAGAUAUAAAAUUAAAUUUGUAUUUUCAUUUUUCAUCCCCCAAUCCAACGUUUCUACACCGGCGGUACGCGACAAAGAAAUAAUAAUGAUAAUGUCGGUAAAAGUACAACGUGAUGCAUUUGAAACGGUUUGUUAUUUGUAAAGAAUCGGAUAAAAAUUAAAUUUUCUGUACUAUAGCCGCUGCAGUGUACGGUAAUUAAAAUAAAUACAAAUUUCCAAAUUUUCCAUUACCAACUUUUUGCAUUUAUCUAUUGGUUGCGUGCUCCAUGUGAAAUUUGAUGAAUUAACAUUAUGUGUGUUAGUAGCAAUUGAGAGGAUAAAGGAGAAUAAGUGAAACAAAAAGUUUGAGAAAUGCUGCCCUAAAAGGCUAAAUAAUAAUAAUAAUAAUAAUAACUAUUUAUUCACUUUACAUAGAUUUAAAAAAGACCAUAUUAAGUAAGAUAUUAUUUUACACUUCUUUCUAUUCUUCAUUAUAUUAAUAUAUCAUGUAUUCAUAUCCGAUCAGCUGCGAUUUUUCAGUAACAGCCUUUUUAAUUUCCAACAUUGUCUAACACAAUAAAUCAAGUUAUUCCUCUAUCGCGUUAUGUGGUAGUCCUGUUUCUCACAACUUUUCAUUAGAAAUUGAAAUGACUGUUACAAAGAAACUGCUGAUCAGAUACGAAUGUAUAUUAUAACACACCAAAAACACUUCGUUAUAACUCCGUGUAAAAAAAGCCAAGUUAAAAAAAAAAUUAAAUUUAGUAAUGAUUAAAUCUUUAAAAGACUUGAUAUAAUAUGGAAACUAAGUAAAAUGCGAUUUUAUAAUAUUACAAAUAUCUAUGACGAUAAAUAAGAUCAAUUAUUAAGUUAAAUACUUAGUCAAAAUAUUGUUUAAUUACUUGACACGACGUGUAAAUAUACUUAAAUAAAUACAAAUAAGUAGUUACUUAGUUACUUACGAAGUAGUUACUUACUAAGUAUACUAUAGUAAAUUUCAUAAAUUAAUUAAUAAUUCAUAAAAAAUAUGUUGACUAAGUAUUUAACUUUACAAUUGAUUUUAUUUGUCGUCAUGGGUAUUUGUAAUAAUAUAAAAUGGCAUUUUACUUAGUUUCCAAAUUAUAUUACGUCUUUUAGAAAUUUUAUUAUUACUAAAUUUAAUUUUUUUUAAUAGAGCUUUAUUUUACACGGAGUUAUAAUAAAUUGUUUUUGGUGUGAUAUCGGCUAUUUUUGAUAAAAAAAAAAGUCACGAUGUUAUUUGACUUUGCUAAACUUGAAGAUGAAAUUUGAAUUCAAAACUGGUCGUUAAAUAUAAACCAAAUAACGGCGUUGUCGUCGCCGAAACAACGAGAGUAGAUAUUUUACGAUAUUUUUUUCGAAUACGAAAAGUCGGACUUGAAAGUACUUGAACAUUUUUGGUUGUAACUUUUAUUCCAUCUAAUCAAUCCACUUGCGAGUUCUCCUGUUUCCAUCUAUACAAUAUUUUUGAUCGAUUGAUUCCUUAUAUCAUUAUAUUUAAUAUACGUUUAUAGUUUAUAUACGUUAGUGGCUACUACGCAAAUUUUUUUUCCACUUACCUUCGUGCCACUACCGUCGCGCUGGAUUUAUAAUAUUAUCGUUUUAAAAUAAUAUAUUUGAUAUACAUAAAAAUAUCAAACAUGAUCUGAGGCGCGGGUGAUAUACGCGAAAUUGGUACCUUGAGCGAAAGACUAAAAAGGCAACCUCAAACAAACGGCGAGAGGGUGACAAAUUGUUUUAGAAUCUGUUUUCCCAGUAUUUCCCAGAAACGGAUUCAAAGGCUGUACUCAUAUUCUUUGAUAUAGUUCGAUUUUCAGGAAUUUAUUGGCAAAGAAUCUACGAAGAAAAAUAUUAUUGGAAUUUCAUUCGAAUAUCGGAGGAAAAUAAUAUACAAAUAUUAAUGUUAGAUAUUUUUAAUUUGUGCAACGAAAGAAGUUUAUAAGAUUAAUACCUUCAAAGUAGGUACUAUAGUUUGUACCUAUGAAUGUGAGUUGUAAUAGUCAGACUAGUCGGAGUAACAUUUAUGACGGACGUAAUCGAAACUUGAAAAGGGUCGAAAUGGGACGCGAUAAUAUAACUAUAUCCGUAUCCAUAAUCGUUUUUUUGUUAUUAUUUUAAUUUUUUUUUGUGCGUUUAUGUCGUUGUUGGCAUAUCUGUUUUGGUAUCUGCAUGUCCACGUGUUUUGCAGUUAAUUUUUCGCAUACCCGUGUUAUCGUGGUUUUGUCCUGUUAUAUUUUUUAUUAGUUUGGAAUAUUAGAACAAUAUAUUCACUUCUAUGAUUUUGUAAAACGGAGCGUGUUAAAAACAUUAAUGUAGAUUUCCGAAAUAGGGUACGGCCGAAAACGACGCGUAUAAUAUCAUAAUUAAUCACAAAACUCUAUACAUUUUUUUUUUCGUUUUCUAAACCGUUUAUGUAAUUAAUAUAAGGAGGUUUACGAGAGCAUCGGCGUUUUUGAAAAUCGCUUGCGGGUAUAUUUUUUAAUAAUAUUAAUAUUACACUGCAAUGAACGAUACGAUUCAUCGGAUAUAAAUUUAUAAUAUGCUUUAACAGAAGAAAAAAUAAAUCCCCGACAACCCACGAAGGAGCCGUUGGUUAUGUACAUAAUUAUUACGGACUGGGUACGAUGUGAUAAUACAGAACGAAAUAAUAAACUUAACUUAUGGAUGAUAUAAUUUUGAAUAACCGGUCAUCGGCGGUGGGAGGCGGCAAAUCGGCUAGCUAAUUCAUUUUCCUGCGAUUACGAUUCCGUAUGUUCUCAGGCCCGGUCCGCUUUAGCCGAAAAUUCUGCGGCAAAAUUCGGUGACGUGCAACUGUGGUCGGUUGUGUGUGAACGUUAAGGGUUGCCAAUGCGGUCAGCGUUGUUCUGUCGGAUUGAUGGCUACAGCUGUAGCGAUCGGGAUUGUAGCGAUAGGGACUAAGGGGGUCGAAACUAUGGCUGCGGGGAAUGUGACGAUCAGGCCUAGAGGAGUCGAGAAUGAGACGGUCUUGAGGGUAGCUGUCAGAAAUGUAGCUGUCGGCAUUGUGGCGGUCGACAUUGUGGCAGUCGAAACUGUGGCAGUUGGGAUUGUGAAAGUUGAGACUGUGGUGAUUGGAACUGCAGGUGUCGAACGUCUGGUCAAGUGCUCUAUCUGAUCCGAGUGUAUUAUUCUUACUCGUUUUUCGAACGGUAUCUCACAAUUGGCGCAGUUUCUGCGUGCCUUGCCUAUAUGAAACCGCUUGUGCACCAACAACUUUAAGGCAGACGUGCACACCUCGGAACACAAAUCGCAGAUAAAUAAAUUAUUUUUUUUGACCCCAAUCUGUAGAACGUACAUCCCCCACGCAAGAUCCAACGAGCUGUUUCACGGACUGUUGGACGGAAUUCUCAACAGAACGUUUAACAGGCUGUUGGACAUACUGUUUGACGGAAAGUUUGUCAUCGGAGAUUCCUUUUAUGUUUAACAGUUUAACAUUCUGCCCGUGCACUUUCCAGUAGUGAGUAACCAAACCUUUUUUAGAAUUAAACCAUCUCUGACAAGUCUGACAUAUGAACCACUCAGACCACAGAUUGUCGUUCGUCGGCUGGCUUUCAGUUUCCAAGUCCAUCAUAAGCAUUCUUUUACUGCAAUGAGUAUCAAAAGUGACAUAAAGGUAAAAAUUAGUAUUUUAAUUUGCAUAAAGAAAGCGAUGAAAAGUAUCUUAUAACUUAUUAGCUUGGUGAAUUAGGCAAACUUACUUGGCUAUAAUAAAUACAGUAUUAAUUUUUCUCUCGUACUCAAGGUAAUCCAGAAAUCAAUAAAAACAUAAAAACCGAUAUUAUAUUUUAUCAUCGGUUUUUUUUUUUUUUAGAAUAACUAGCAUUCAAAUAAAUUAUAAUAAUGCUCACACCUUGGAAAAUUCUUAAAGUGUCUUUGCUACGCUGAUAAUGAUAAAAAUGUAAAAAUACUAUCCAAUUAUGUACCUAGACUAAAACUUGUAGCCAAAAUAUCUGUACUGAAACGUGACAUCGUCUUACUAGUUAAACAAGCUGUCUCUCUCAUUGGAGUCUUCGGCUUUUCGUUUAUUAUUCGUUAUGUCUGGUGGCGACAUGUUUGUAUUCUGAAAAAAAUAAUUUCUUUAUGCUGUAAAGCAGUACGACUGAGUGAAUAACACUAAUACGAUUUGAAGCGAACCAAAAGAUUCGAAUCGCAUUUAGAUAAAAAAAAAAAAAUCGAUCGAUUGUAUAAUUAAAAAAAGAAUAUAAAAUAAAUACAUUAUUUAUACGUUACUUCGAAUUACGAUCACGGCAACAGAUUAAUGUCGAAAACGUUCUCGAGAAAUAUUACAAAAACUUUCUGCAAUAAACCAACAAUACGUAGGUAUAUGAAAUACAAAUACUUAAAUUGUAUUGCUCUCAUAAAGUUAACUCGAAAGAAUAUUAAUGAAUAUUUGAAUUGACGAAUAGUUAACUAGUCAUUUGUGUUGAUCCGUUUUAUAAUGUGUUCUCUUGGAAACAACACUGAAUUAAUAUAAAGGCCUGGUUAAAAAUAAAAUAAUAUUAUUGUUACAAUUUGCAUACUUAUAAUCACACGAAUACAAUCUUUAUAUGUCAUGCAAAUACAAUAAUUAAAUAUUCAUAUCGGACGUUUGUAUUUUCGGGAUAAUCUCUAAAGCGGCCGAACUUAUCUCGUUGGGCAUUACGAUAUAGAUCAUUUUUCGGAAUAUUUUUUCUGUAAUAAAACCCCUGUGCGACAUUCGAGUGGAUCUAGUACCCUAGUGGUGUCGAUAUAUUUAACACUAGUAAAGUCCCGAUGAAUGUCAGGUACUAUACACUAUAGUCGGGUCCCAGUUUCCGGUAGGUAAUAAUAAACUAGUUGGGUCCGAAUAUUUAAAAGUAAUACAAAUCAUUUCCUUCUCAUUCUCUCUCUUCAGACUUAGGACUUCGCAUAUAUUUUUCAAACAAUUGUUUCUGAAGUUUUAUCUAUUAUAAUAUGUGCACACUCUCCUUUUUGUAAAAAAAAAACCACCUUUGUUUAUUUCCCGAACUUUUAAUUUGCCUAUUUUAAUUUGAUCGUUUUUUAAAUCGCCUAUAAACAGGUUUGAGAUGAAAAUCGCGUUAUAAUUAGCAUUAUUAUAAACAGUAUUUUACUAGUAGAUUACUCGACUACCUACGGAAACCCGUAAACCAACUAGUACAUUAUCAGUGGCGACAUUUGUGGGAUAUACGGAUAUGAAAAUAAUAUCGUAUUAUAAAUAAUAAUACGCUGAGGUUAGUUAACUUGGCGGUGGUGUUAGCGACCAGCAAACGAGGAUUUUUUUAUUGCGGUUGGCGGUGUACGCGUACGAAUAUCCCGGCACCUUAAUAUUACAAGUAUUAUAUGUAUUUUUGCAUGCGAUGUAAAAGCAAAAAGGUUUGAUAAAAUUUUUUUUUAACAUGCCUCUUAUAUUUUAAACAGUUUUGAAGUGUUUUUUAAAAUUGUAUUUUGGUAAACUAUUGCAACCAAUUCUAGUAAAGUUAAAACGUUUUUGCUUAAAUUUAAAUUCUAUAAACAUGUAACGAUAAUAUAAUAAAUACUAUGAUAUUUAAAGAAAAACUCCAUUUUAUAAAAAUUUAAAAAUUAAAUGUAAAUAACAAUUAAGUAACUACAAUUAUUGUUUGUCUUUUUUACAGAUUUAGUCGUACAUUUACAACUUAAGAGUUAAAAUGCAUAAAAAAUGAUCUGAUACUGCUAACGGGUGUGUCCCAGGUGCAGAGAUGGUAGGGUAAAAAAUAAAAUCGUUUAAUUUAUGUUUCUAGACAUAAAUAUGUCCUAUUAUACAUAGUACAUUAUACUCCACGAAUUGUUUUACUGUCAAUAUUAAUUUAUAAUGGAAAUCGUGUUAAAUUAUUUAGCUUUUUGGCUUGGUCAAAAUUCGUAUAAAAUUAAAUGAUAAAUCAAAAAAAAAUAAAAUCGAAAAUGUAAAAUGCUAAUAAAAACCUUAAAAAAAUACCAUAAAGUUUUUACCACGACUAGAAAGUGUUUAAAAAAAACUAUUUUAAACCGAAUAAAAACAUAAAAAAAAAAAAAAAUAGAAAACAAUUAAAAUUGUACAAUUUUUGCUACGGUUUUUUUCUUUUAGGUUUUCUAUAUUAAAAUUCCUGUAAACUAUAAUUAAUAUAGGGAUAUAAUCGUAUAGUUAACAAAUUAAAUGUUCCUAUUUAAAUAUUGCGGGUAUAUAUAAUAACGUUCUACAUAAUUGUUCAAUUUACUAAUAUUUCACGAAACCGAACAGAAACUAAAUCAAGAUAUCGAUUCGAUAAAUUAUACGUUUUGUUUUAAGAAAACUAAAUUACUAAAUUUUUUCCGCCAAAACGAAAAAGGUCCGAUUUUCGUUUCCGCUCAUCUAUUUCUACAAAUAUUAUUGAGAUGGGGUUUAAAAACCUCUAGUCUAUAUACAAAUGUCCGUUUUUUUUUUUUUUAAAUGAAAUUCAAAACAAGUAAUUGGGGUAAAAAAAAAAAUGAUUCUAUAAUUGAAAGGCUCAAAUUUAAUUUUUCGUAAAAAUCGGUCUAAACAGAAUAUUUUUUGAGUUAUAAAUGGAAUUCAUAUAAGCAAAUAAAAAUAGAUAUUGAAAAAAGGAAAAUCAAAUCUUAUUUAUUUUGGCGGAAACCAUAAUUGACGGACGCAACAACCGCUUAUAGAUUUAUGUCUUUAUUAUUAUUGAAACCAUAAAAUAAAAGUAAUUAUUCUUCAUAUUGUUAUUUUCACGGUUCACGAAAAGGAUACAUUAAUGUCAAGACCGGAUUAAGCUUAACAUUUCAAUAGGCCUGAGUGUCAGGCCCUGAAAUACUGAACGUCAUGUGAGGGGCUUUUUUUUACAGAAAAAAAUAUUUUGAGUUUAGUUUUUUUUACAUUAAAAAUUUGUAAAUCCAAAUUUUAUUUUUAUUUGUCUCAACGAUAAUAUAUGUAUAUUAUUUGCGUAUUUAGCUUCACAUCCGAAGCCUAUUACCAUGUUAAUUAUUUAUUGUAGAUUGAAAAACGUGGGCACGUACUACCGAAACAGCCCUGUGUGUAAUAAUUAUUAAUAAAAUAUUAUAGGAAUUGGCGCGUAUGUAUGUAGAACAGUAUUCUUGUAUUGCGUUAGUUUUAUCCGUGACCACAGAGAGAUCUCUGCUGUAAGGAAUAAUUGCGGAUGAAAGUAUCGCGGAGUUUCGAAAAAAGAAAAGCAAUUUAAAGUACAAAAUAGUUUUAUUUUUGCAUGUAAAUAAUAAUAUUGUACUAUAUUAUAUAAAAUGAUAAAGAUCUACCUGACUUAUGAACCAUUUUUAGAGAAUGUAUUCUGUCUAUACAGUCAUUUUAUUUGUAGUCAUUUUUUUUUCAAGAAGUAAAAUUGAGAUAUUAUUGAUUUUACAAUGUGUUUUUUUAUUUUUAUUCACUCAUUCAUUUAUUUAUUUUAAUUUUAAACAAAUUUUUGUCAAAAAUCUUGCUCCAAUCAAACGUAAAGUUAUCUACUUGUGAACUUUUGGAUCUAGUUGAUGAGAGGCAUUUAUUUAUUUUCCUUGUAGUUUUAUUUAUGAUUGGCGAAACCACGAAAAGAAUUUAAGAAACCCGAGAAAUUGAACGAUUUAUACGAUAUUUUAUCUUUUUCUGUCUAUAGAUAAAUGUCUACAUCAAAUCUUGCUUCCAUCGAAAAGUAGCAUGUUUUCUUAAAAAGAAAUAUUUUUUAGUUAUAGUGAAUAAGGACGUUCUUUUCUUAAUGAUUGGGGCAGUAUUUUCGAUUUUUUUUUUUGUAGAUAUAGAUGAUUGAAUACUUUAUACUAGGUUUAUCGUGAGUUGUAUUUGAUAAUAUAAAAAAAUGUGAAUCAAAUGCGUAUUAUAUUUUUUUCUAAUUAUUGUAUAAUUUAAAAUAUUGGUGAAAUCCGUAAAAAUAACAGCAUUUCAAAAUAUUAUAUUUAUAUUUUAUUGACGUGGUAAAGUUUUUGAUUGCAGCCCGAACCCUAAAUUAAGUACGAAAUUCGGCCGGGGCUUGGGCAAGAGAAAAAUAAGUUACAGUUACAUAACAAUUACCAAUCGUCAUAUGAAUCAGUAGUUAGCGUUAAAUUGAAAGAGACACCGCGAUAAUUUUCUUAUCUAAAACUUUUUAGCGAGUUUCAUCGUGGCUGUGGUCGGCUUCACUCUUUCAAUCUGUCUAAACCAUAAUAUGUGCGGGAGAUAAUUAUUUUAAAAAAAACACUUACAAAAACGUUUCGAACAACAUAGUCACCGUUGUACAUCGUUAUUAAGUAUUUUAUGAAACUGGUAUUCGUGGUCUUCGUAUAGAUAAUCGGCUUUGAUUUGUCAUUAUUGACACAUAUUCCACGCACGAUCAUAGUCACGAUUAAAUUGUAGUAUUUUCCGUCCGAACAAUUUACUUUUAUUGACAUAGUUUACCGUCCGUCGUUACAUUUUACCUAUAUAUUAUUUUUACCGAAUUUACUACGCGCAAAUAACGCUUUUAACAGAUUUGUCUAGGCAAUGUUACUAUUUAUCACGGAAGAAUUAUUUCGCGUUUAUCAGUAAUUUUUAAACUAUGGUACGUAGUAGGUAACAUGGUUGCUCGCAAAAUGCCGAAAAGUAGUUUGGAUAAUUAAUUAAUAUAUAUUUGUACAAAUGUUAUUAAUGCGGUAUACUGUUUUAUAUUUUUAAUUUUUAUAAUGUUAAUUAUAAUGUAGUAUUUUAUUGCCUUACGCUGCCCUUAUCAUUUUUAAAUAAAUGUAUAUACAUUUUGAAUGGUUCAAUUUUGAGUCAUAAGUGGUUUCGUGAUACAUCCAUAAUAAGUGGUUCACGAAAAAAAAGUUUAAGAACCUCUGAUAUAGACGAAUGAGAUGAUAAAAAAAAUAAAAAAAUAUUAUUGUAUUUAAGCCGCGUGACGAUAAAUGCUGCAACAUGGCCCGGGGGAUAUUAUUAGAGUCCCAAACACCCGUGUUUCUUUCAGGGGCUGGAAACCAGUCGUAAAAAAAUAAUGUCUUAUAACGAAAAAUAAUACGCUUCAAUGUGUCAACCUUUGUGGUGGCAGCGUCGACAGACAGUCAAACGAGGACUGUUAUUUCGGUUAGUAUACCAGCACCUAAAUUAUAACAUUACGGGUAUUAUGUAUUUUUGCGCGAUUCGUAAAAUAAAAGGGCCAUUAAGAAAAAAAAGGGAUUAUAGGCGCAACAUUAUGUGCGCCGGUAUACGUAACAGGGCGUCUCGUCGCCAUUCCGAUGGAUUUCUCGAAUGCUGUUAAUAUUUAAAGUUUUGUUUUUAAUCCACUUGUCCUGAAUCUAUUUAGAUAGAAUCUAAAUUUGUAUAUUCAUUCUAGCGUUUCUUAGGCGGCUGAACGCGAGAAAAAAAAUAAUCAUAAUAAUGGUAGUAAAACAAAAUGCAUAAAUAAAGUUAUUUUUUUUUUUUUAAAUUAAUAAUUAGAGGAUUAAAAUAAAAAUUACAUUUCAUUCUAAGCAUUUAUUCUAAAUGCUCCCUUCAAAAAAAUUAUAUUUAAAAAAGUUUGAACAUUAACAGCUCUAAGCAAAUCCGUCUAACAGUCGGAUAAGUGGGUACUACCGCAUACAAAUACACAAAUCGAAUUAGCAGUUUUUAGGACUGCGAUAAAAAUAAGAAAUAAAAUGUCUUAUGUAUUAUUAUAACACGUAUGGGGCGUCACAAACGGCAGCGGCCUGACCGGUAUUAAGGACUGUUUACAUAGCGUGGUCUGAGGCACUGGAGGUAUAUGCGAAAUUAGUACCUUGAGUGAAAGACUAUAGAGGGAACCUCAUACCAACGACGCGGGGGCAAUUGGUUUUAGAAUCUGUUUUACCAGUAUAUGUAAGUAACGGAUUCAAAGACUGCGCUCAUAUUCCUUUGAAUUCGUUCGCUUUUCAAGAAUUGAUUGAAAACAGAUCUGCGGUGAAACUUUAAAUUUUCAUUCGACUAUCGGAGGAACGUAAUAUACAAAUAUGAAUGUAAAAAUUUAAAAUUUGUGCAACGAAAAAUGGACAUCCCCAAUAAUAGUCGCAGUAACAUUAAUGCCGGAUGCAUUCGAAACUAGAAAAGGGUUAAAACAGGACGCGAUAAGAUGACGUCCUUACCGAUUACCGUUUUUUCGUUAUUAUUUUAAUUUUUUUUUUUGUGCGUUUAUGUCGUUGUUGACAUACCUUUUUCGGUAUCUACUUGUUGACGCGUUUUGCAGGUAUUUUUUCGCAUGCCUCUGUUAUCGUGGUUUUGUACUGUCAACAAAUUUAUAAGUUUGGAAUUUUACAAUAAUAUACUCAUAUUAUAGGAUUUUGUAAAACGGAAUGUGUUACAAGUUUCGACAAUAAUCGCCGGAAAACAUCGUCGUGUCGCACUGUAAUACACGUGAGAUUAAAUGUACAUGGUUAAAAUAUAAUCGAUUUCGAUAGUCUCUCGUUUGUCAGAUAGCGUAUAAAUUACGUAGGUGACGUACGACUUGGAUUUUGAAAACUGUAUUUCUGAACGCUAUGAUAAUUGUUACGAUUCUGAAGAAUAAGUGCGAUUUUCUAACAGAUUUCGUUUUUAUCAUUUUUGGCUGCAUAUAGCCGAAAUUCGAAACGCCCUGUAGAUAGUUUUAAAAGCACAAAACAAUAAUAAAUUAUCGAAAUCACGAUAACGAUAACGACGCGUAUAAUAGGUUAAUAAAUUAAUCACAAAACUCGGUACAUUUUUUUUUUUUUACCGUUUGUAUAAUUUUAGUAAGUGCGUGUUUAUCGACAGAGUUGGCCAUUAUUACGCGUCUACACAAUAUAUAUAUAUAUAUAUAUAUAUAUAUGUUUAAAUGUUUUCGCCUUCUCGAAAUACAUAGCGCUCGAUUCGUAUUAUGCAUUACGGAGAAAGGUGCUGAUAUUUCGAGGGUGAAAAAACCCAAACGGUUUUAUGUUAAUGAUAUUUAUUUAUAUUCAUGAUUUAUUUUCUUUAAUUUAAGUAGCGUUACUAUUCGAAAAGCAAUUAUGUAUUGCAUUGUUAUCAUUUCGAAUAAAACGAUAAUAUUUCGUAAACAAAUUGAAAUAUUACUGUACUGUAUAAUAUUAUAUUAUUAAAGAGGGAGGGGGGGGGGGGGGGGGUUACGAGAUCAUCGGCGGUUUUGAAAAUCGCUUUCGGGUAUAUUAUGUAAUGCUAUUAAUAUUACACCACAAUGAACCAAAAGAUCCAUAGGAUCUGCGUUUUAUUAUGCUAAGUAGAAGAAAGAGAAAAAAACAUUUUUCAACGACCCCCGAGAGAGCUGGCGAGCUUUUACAUGAUUAUUAUGGACCGGGUACGAUGUGAUCAUAUAGAACAUAAAAAUAAACUUAACUAAUGGACGGCAUAAUUUUGAAUAACCGGUCAUCAUCGGCGGUGAGAGGAGGCAAUUCAGUAUUGCUGUUCAAAAAGUAAUUAUAUAUUGUUUUGUUAUGAUUUCGAAUAAAACAAUCUAAUUUUGUAAUCAAAGCGAAAUAAUAAUGUACUGUAUAAUACAAUAUAAUAUUAUAGUGGGACGAGGAUUUACGAGAAUAAAGAAUAAUGAACGGUAAGAUCCUUCGGAUCUAAAUUUAUAAUAUAUUAAGAAACUAAAAGAAAAAAACGACCCCAGGUGAAGCCAGGUGAAUUUUACGAUCCACCUUUAUAGUUUCCGAGUGUUUGUAAUAUAUACAGACGCAAGUAUGACCAACCCUGUGUACAUAAUUAUUACAGACCUGGUACGGUGUGAUAAUGCUGAACGGAAAAAUAAACUUAACUAAUAGACGACGUAAUUUUGAACAGCUGGUUGUCAUCCACUAAAGGAGCGGUAGGAGCAGGUGAAUCGACUAGGUAAUUCGUUUUUCUGUUAUUAAAAUUCCAAAUCAUCUCGAGCUAGACACGCUUCGGCCGUAGUUUUCAUAGCAAAAUUUGAUAACGUGCAAGCUGUCGAUUGUGUGUGGACGAUUGCCCAUGCGGUCAGCGUUAUGCUGUAAGUUUGGUCACUAAAGCAGAAGUUUAUGACAGUUAUGCAUACAGUCGGAUAUAGGAAAGUUGGGGAUGCGGUGUUUGAGGCUGAGGAAUUCAGAACUGUAGUGAUCGGAAUUACGAGGAAUGAUGAAAGUAUGGGGAUUGAAACUAAGGCGGUCGAAAACGAGAUGGUUGAGAGUAUAGAAGUCGGGAAUGUGGUUGUAGGCAUUGUGGUGGUCAAGAUUGUAUUAGUGACAGUAUGACAGUUAAGACUGUGGCAGAGGGAACUGGAGGUGGCGAAAGUUUAGUGAAACGCGCUACCUGAUCCGAGUGCCUCAUCUUUACGUGUUUGAGGAGAUGAACGCGUUUUUCGAACGUUAUCUCACAUAUGGCACAGUUUAUGCGUGCCCUGCCUAUGUGCACCCGCUUGUGUACCAACAACUUUAAGGCAGAUGUGCAGACCUCCGGACAUACAUCGCAGUUAAACACAUCCUCUUUUGGACCCGAGACUUCAUGACGUACACGUGACCUACGAGGCUGUUUCGCAGACUGCUUGACGGACUUUUUAAUGACAUUUUCGCUGGAGAAUUCUUUGAUGUUUGACAGGCUAACGUUCUGCCCGUGAAAUGUCCAGUAGUGAGUGGCUAAACCUUUUUGAGAAUCAAACCACCUCUGACAAGUCUGACAUAAAAACCACUUCGACCAUAUAUUGUCGUUCGUCGGCUCACUUUCCGAAUCCAAAUCUGCCAUAAGUAUUCUUUUACUGUAAUGAGUAUCAAAAAAAUCAGUUUAGCGACAUAAAGGUACAUAUUAAUUUGUGUAACAAAUUCGAUGAUAAAUAUUUGGAUUCAGAAAAAAAUAAAUUGUUAAAUAAGAGCUUAUUCAAUUGGUCAAGCCUGAGUGACUAUAAAUAUAGCCGUAGUUCACCUCUUGUAAUCCAAAAAUAAACAAAAACAUAAAAUCUGAUAUUUUAUUUCGUCGUUUUUUUUUUUUUUAGAAAAAUUAGCAAAUAAAUAAAUUAUAAAAAUGGAUAACUCACGCCUUAAAAAUUUAAGUUUCUUUGUUAUAUUCAGAAUGAAAAAAAAGAAAAAAUGUAAAAAUAUCCUUUAAUUAUCUACCUUGAAUAAUCUUAUACUCAAAAUAUUUGUAUUGAUGAAUUGUAUCGACUUACUAGUAAUAGAACAUGCUGUCUCUUUCAUCGUCGUCAUCUUCAGCUUUGCGUUUAUUUUUCGACAUAUCGGGUAGAGACAUGUUUAUUUUUCUGAUAUUUAAUGUAUCAGUACGUCCAAUUGAUAUUUUGCUUUCGUUGUCAAACUUAAAUAACAGAAUCAGUAAUACAAAUUUACAAUCGUUUAAUAAAAUAAAUUCUAUUAUAAAUUCUAUCUGCCGUAAAGUAGUACGACCGAGCAAAUAACAUCAAUGUUCGAUUAAACAAAUCAAUCGUUGUAUGGCAUAAUUAAAAAAAGAAAUAAAUCAUAUAUACGUUACUUCGAGUUAAUAUCACGGCCGCUGAUUAUCGUCGAACGUUAUCGAGAAGUAGUAGAUAAACUUCCCGUGAUGAAACUUGUAUACUUGAUAAACCGAUUAUGAGUAGGUAUAUGAAGUACAAAUAUAUAUAUAUUGAAUUGCUCUCAUUAAGUGAAGGCGAAACAAUAUUAAUGAAUAUUUGAAUUGACGAAUAGUUAAUAAAUCAUUAUUGUUGAUUCGUUUUAUAAUAUGAUCUCUAGGAAACGGCUCCAAAUUAAUAUAACGGCCAGGUUUAAAAUAAAAUAAUGUUAUUGUUACAAUUUGCAUACUUAUAAUCACACGAAUACAAUCUUUAUAUGUCAUGCAAAUACAAUAAUUGAAUAUUAAUUUCAUACAUUUGUCUUUUCGGGCUAAUCUCUAAAGCGGCCAAACUUAUCUCGUUGGGCACUGCGAUAUAGAGUAUUUUUCGGAACAUUUUUUCCGUAAUUAAAUCCCUGUGCAGCAUUCGAGUGAAUCCAGUACCCUAGUGGUUUCGACAUAUUUAACACUAGUAAGGUCCCGAUGAAUGUCAGGUACUAUACACUAUAGUUGGGUCCUAGUUUCCGAUAGGUAAUAAUACUCUAGUUGGGUCCGAAUAUUUAGAAGCAAUACAAAUCUUUUUCCUUCUCAUUCUCUUUCUUUAGAUUUAGGACUUCGCAUAUAUUUUUCGAACGAUUGUUUCUGAAGUUUUAUCUUUUAUAAUAUGUACACAAUCUCUUUUUUGUAAAAAAAAACCACUUUUGUUUAUUUCACGAACUUUUCAUUUGCCUACAUUUGAUCAUUUUUUAAAUCGUCUAUAAACUGGUUUGAGAUAAACAUCACGUUAUAAUUACAAUAAUUAUAAACAGUAUUUUACUAGUCGAUUACUCGACUACCUACGGAAACCCGUAAACCAACUAGUACAUUAUCAGUGGCGACAUUUGUGGGAUAUACGUAUAGGAAUAAUAUCGUAUAAUAAUAUCAUAUUUUAAAGAAUAUUACGCUGGGGAUUUUUAACAUUGCUGCGGCGUCAGCAACCAGCAAACGAGGAUUUUUAUUGCGGUAGGUGGUGUAUGCGUAUGAAUAUACCAACAUCUGACCAACAUCCUAUUAAUAAUAUUACCUGUAGUAUACGUCGUUUUAUUAUUAUAUAAAUAUAUAUAUACAUUUUUUUUUUUUUGUUUUUUUUAUCAUACAUAGUUUAAUUUUUGUUCUUUUUGGAAGUUCUGGAUACACUAGUAUUAUAUCUUGAUGAUAUUUAUUUAUAUCUAAACGUGUAUAAAAGUUGCUCGUUUUUAAAAUGAUCGUUUUAAAUAUCUUGGCAAAAUAAUAAGCAAAAUGAUAUAUAAAUAGCGAAACAUAAUCAUGGUCGGUAGAGGGGGGAGUCAAAUUGGGCACCCCUUUAGGGCCUUACGCUUUACGAAGCCUCGCGUUUUUAGAUUCUGAGCUAAGUGAUAAUGUAUUAGCUUAACUAUGAUGUGUGAGGUUUUUUUUUUGUAUCUAAGAAAUUGAACCUAGAAUUUCCAAAAUAAUUCUAAUUUUAAAACGCAAAAUAUAUGUAUUUGCCGAGGUACAUAUCAUGAAUUUUCAAUUUGUUUACAACUUAAUAAAUAUAAAUAUAAUAAUACCGUAGACAAGUACUACGGUUAGUUGCAUAACUAAAACUAUUUUGAUUUAAUUCAUAUUAGUUAACUUCCGGAGUUAAAUGCAUGGCUAAAAUGGUUUAGCUAAUUCACAUUUGAAAUGCGCAUUGAAAAUCACUCUGGGAGUACUAAAUACAUGUAAACGAAUCACAUUACAACAAGCAAUCAGAAUUACGGUAUGUACUCGUAAUAGGGAAUAAUAAUUAAAGACGUUAUCAGUAAAUCGGUUUAAACUGUGCAUAUAAACGUUGCAACAUAAAACUGAUAUGGUAAAAGUGUAUUAUACUAAUACUGUUUUAGACGUGCAUGUAUAUUUGUACCCUAAUUUGAAUUGAUUCAAUACGAAUCCAUUUAAUUCAAUAAAUUGAUACAUGUAAACAAAGCAUAGAUAAGGAAUUAUUUCGAAUUAUUCUAUGAUCGUGGGUUUUCGAUCAAAUAUAUACAAGUGACACUGAAUCACAAAUACACGAUAUCAUUUCCUUGAAAAGUCGACUAUGCCGUCGCUUGCCGCUUGUCAUAAUAAUUAUGACAACUGACAAGCAAUGGCACAGUAAUUAUGACGUAAGUAGGUACUAUAAGGAAUUAUUAAUUAUUUUUAUAUAGGGGCAUAUGUGUGUCUAGACGUGUUAAAUUAACUGGUGUUGGUAAAUGUUUGAAAUUGAAUCUUCUAAUACCUAUAUUGAAAUUUGUAAAAUUUUCAUCAUAGUAAGUUAUUGGUUUGCUUCAACUUAAUAGUGCCAAAAACUCUGAUAACUGAAGGCAAACCUAAGUGAUCCACGAACUGUGGUGCAAUGUAGGCAUUUUUAGAUUCUGAGUUUUAUGAAAAAAUUUUAGUUUUUUAAAUUUUAUUUUAAAAGAAGACUUUCACAGAAUGGACGUGUACUGAUAAAACCAUAAUCCAUUACUAAGGAUUAGUAACAAAACAGAAUAAAAUAAGGAAAAGACCUUUGGAAAAGUCAAAGACGAAGUGAACAAACAUAGUAAAAAUAAUUUGGACCAAAUGUUGGAGGAUUGGUAUAAAUAUAAAUAAUAACAAUAUAAUAAUAACGAGGUAAUCGUGUCUGAGAAACUGGGUGCAAUUAUUUUCUUAGUACGUAUGUUUAUAUAACUAUUCAAAUUCAUUUCUUUUGAUUGAGCUUACUAACAGUAGCAGCACUAAGAAUGUAUCCAGGAGUGCGAAGACCCGCCCUUAAAAUCUCUAACUUACUCGUUGGUCCAUCUUAAAAUUUUAAUUUAAUUCUAUAGUUUUAUAUCGAUUUUUCAAGUAUAUUAUUAUUAGUAAUAUAGUAUAUUAUUCAAGUAUUUUUCAAAAAAUAUAGUAUUUUGUCUGUUAAACGUUUGUCGCAUACUCGUGUAUAGUUUCGUUUAAGUAAUAUUUAAUUCGUAAAAUACUAUUUUUAUGCAUUGAAUUUGUAAUAAUUUUAUAUAAACAUCUAAAAAAACUAUAAAUAACAAGCAGAGUUAAACUAAAUACCGUGGUUGUAGUCGGCUUCACUCUUUCAGUAUGUCUAAACCGUAAUAUCUGCGAGAGAUAAUUAUUUUAUAAAACACUUACAAAAACGUUUCGAACAGCAAAACCACCGUUGUACGUCAUCAUUAAGUGUUUUAUGAAACCGGUAUUCGUGGACUUCGUAUACACAAUAAUUAGCUUUAAUUUUUCACUGUUUACACGCAUUCCACAUCAUGCUUGCGUUAACUGUAGUAUUUUCCGUCCGAACAAUUUAUUUUUAACGGCAUAUUUUACCGUCCGUCAUCGUUACACUUUACCUAUAUAUUAUUUGUAUCGAAUAUACUACGCAUAAAUUACGAUUUUAACGGAUUUGUCUGGCCGAUGUAAUUAUUUGUCUCUAAUGAUUAUUUUUGCGUUUAUCUAGAUCAGCAGUUUUCAUAUUGUGUAAAAGGCCGAGUGGUAGUUUGGAAAACCAAUUGAUACAUAUUUUUACAAAUGUUUUUAAUGCAUCUAAUACUAUUUUAUAUUUUUUAGUUUUAUUUACGCUGCUCUUAUCAUUUUUAAAUACAUGUCAUAAAUAAUACAUAUAAGUGGUACACAAAAAAUAAGUUUAAAAACAAAGAGAUAAAACAUAUUAUUGUAUUCGACCCGUCCGCGGAGAAAUGACGGCCCGGUUACUUGAGUCCCACACACUGGCGUUUCUUUCUGUGGCGGGAAACCGGUUAUAAAAAAAAUGUGUCACGAAAAAAAAACACGCUUCUUUGUGUUAACCUUUGCGGCGGUGGAGGCAACGGGCCUUCAAACGGUGAUUUUACAAUUCGCUGACUCCCAGUUUGCCGAAUACCGAUUUGUCAACUCAUAUUUUGCCGAAUCCUAUUUUAACGACUCCCAAUUGCUGACUCCUAAUUGAUUGACAAUCAGAUUCACCUUUUAUUUAUCUGUGAUUAUCUGUUUAGAUUUCUACGAGUAGCACCUUUUCUGAAAGAAAAUCGGUUUAGGGAGGUACUUUAAGGAGGCCAUUUUAACAAGAAUUUUCUCAUCAACUUUGAAAAAAAAAAAAUGGGAAAAUAUAAGAAAUUUAGGUAUUAGUGAAAAUAUAUUACAGCCUUCUUUUAUUCUAUGCACAACUUUUCUGCCACCAAUGUUCCGCCAACUUUUUAUGAUAACAAUGUUUCUAAAAGGAAAUUUCACUAGGGAGGUACUUUAAAGUGGCCAUUUUUUGAUUUUCCUUAAAGUUAUUCCAGAAAAUGUGAAAAACCGGGAAAAUCGUAGGAAAUCUGAGAAAAUUAAACAAUUUUAAACAACAUUAAACUAAUUUGAUUAAAGAAAAUAUAUAAAGCCUUUUUAAUUAUUUUGUCAUUUUAUAUUUUAACAUUGUAUAACACAAUAAAUCAAGAUAUUCCCUGUCACGUUAAGUUAUAAUCACGUUUCUCACAACUUUUCAAUAGAAAUUAUAAAACGACCGUAACAUAGAAACUGUUGAUCAGAAUGUAUUGGUUUUACAAAGAUGUUUAUAAUUAUUUUUUUUAUUUUUUAUGUAAACACUUUUUCUACCAGAAAUCUUACUCCGAUUAUUAAGUACAACCAUCCUUACUGAAAGGAAUGUUCUCCGGAUGGUACUUGAGAGAAGUUAUUUUUUGAAAUUAUCAUUAAUAUUCGAGAUAAUGAGGAAAACCUGGUUAUUUAGGUUAAAAAAUAUUGAAAGAUUUAAAAUAAUGUUGUCAUUGGCAACCGUUUUUAUUUAUUUGUUGUUAUAAAUAAGUUUUUAUUAUUUUAAUAUUUUUUAAAAAAUCAUUGUUGUCAUGAAAAUCCACAUUGUUGUAAUCAUUUUAUUAUAAAUGACAUAUAUAUAUAUAUAUAUAUUGUUAACAAAGCGACACUAUCAACUGAACUCCGUUCAAAAUCGUUUUUUCGUUAGAAAUAGUUUAUCGUUGCUUACAGAUAUACGUUAAAUUCUCGUCUAUAUUCUACCUUUCCAACAUCUAACCAACAACAGUGGCUGCGCCCACGUGCGAAGUAUGUCCAUCAUUUUUUUUUUUGAAAUUGAGGAAUUAAAAUAAAAAUUAUAUUUCACUCUAAGCAUGUGUCCCCCUAGAAAAAAAAUUUUUUUUUAAAAAAGAUUGAACAUUAACAGCCCUAGACAACUCCGUCGAACACGGUGAGAUAUACGGAUACUAACACACAAAUCGAAUUAUCGGUUUUCAGGACCGCGAUAAAAUUAAGACAGAACGUCUCGUAUAUUAUUAUAAUACGGCGUAUAAAAGGCGUCGUGAAUGACACCGAACCAACAGGUAUUCGGGAUUUAAGGACUGUUUACAUAGCGUGGUCUGAGUCACAAGCGGUAUACGUGAAAUUGGUACUCUGAGCGAGAGACUAUAGAAACAACUUCAUACAAACAAUGAAAGGGCGACAGAUCGUUUUAGAACCGUUUUAUAAGAGCACGAAAGGAAUGGAUUCAAAGACUGCACUCAUAUUCCUUUGAUUUCGUUCGCUUUUCAGGAAUUUAUUGGAAAUAGAUCUGCGAAGAAACAUAUUAGAAUCACAUUCGUCAAUUGGAGGAACAUAAUAUACAAAUAUUAAUGUUAAAAUUUUAAAUUUGUGCAACGAAAGAUGUUCAUAAGAUUAACACACUGAAAGUAGGUACUCUAGUUUACGUCUAUAUAUAUGUUAUAAUAGCCGACAUUAUUGUACAGACGCAAUCGGAUGCUAAAACGGACGCAAUCGAAACUUGAAGAGAGUUAUGACGGGACUAUAAGAUGACGUCCGUACCGCUAUACCGGUAACUGUUUUGUAAAACAGAGAGAGUUACAAGUUUCAAAAAUUAUCGCCGGGAAACGUCAUUGUCGUCGUCGUUGCACUGUAAUUAAUGUUGUAAUAUUAUAAGCAAUUUAUUUUUAGGUAACUUACUUGAGUAGAUUACCGGUAGUAUUGGGACAUUUUUUUUUAAUACCUAAAUUGAAUAAAAAAUUUAUAUUAAUAAUGUCCAUUGACAGUGCAUUUUAAAAAUGUUUUCCAUAUUUUCGAAUGAACAUGACCCAUUUAACAGUAAAUUUCUACUCAGACAGUCAGACGAUGUGACGAGUUUCAAAAUUUAUGACCUAAAACGAGUAUAACGACUUAAUAAAUUAUAAUACGACCGGCCCCAAGAGUCCAAAUACCUAUAAAUAAUAAAUUUAACUAUGUAACAUGCAUGGUAUAUGAUUAUAUGAAUAUGAUAUUCAUAUUAGAAUUCAAUAUAUAUGAAAUAUGAUUAAUAAAAUUUAAAAAAUAAAAUAUUCGUAAAGUGGUAAAGUAAUUUAUAUGUAUACUACUUAAUCGAUAAAUUACUUGCUUUAUGAUACUUAUCCAAAGUAAUAUAACCGAUUUACAUCACUAACUGUAAAACACGUGAGCGGUGGCGUGCACUUCAUAUCGUAAGAAUAUAAAAAAUAUAUGAUCACGGUAACUGUGUUAUUCGCAAUAUUAAUAAUAUUUUAAUGUCCGAUCAGUCCGUAAAAAAAAAGAUUUAUAGGAAGACCUCGCAUGCCUAGUUUGUAAAGAGAGAGAGAGAGAAUCGAUUUGUCGGACAGCGGAUAAUUACGUGAGUACAGGGCAAAGUAAGACUUGGAUUUUAAUAACUGUAUUUCUGAACGCUAUACAUAUUGUUAAAAGUCUAAAGAAUAUAUACGAUUUUCUAACAGAUUUAAUUUUUGUCGUUUUCGGUUGCAUAAUAUAACCGAAAUCCGAAGUGCAGUAGAUUUUUAACAGCAGAAAAGAAUAAUAUAGAUUAUCGAAAUAUACAAUAACGACGGGUAUAGUAGGUAUAGUAGGUUAAUUAAACACAAAACUCGGUAAUUUUUAUUUUUUUUUAUUGGUUUUUUAUACCAUGAAUGAAUAUAUUAUAAUGAUAUUAAGUGCGUGUUUAUUGACAGAGUAGGCCAUUAUUAUGUGUCUACGACAUUAGAUAUAUUAUGUAUAUAUAUAUUUAAAUGUUUUCGUUUACUCAAAAAACAUAGCACUCGAUAAUAUUCAUUACGAAGAAACGUGCUGCUUUUUCGAGGGUGAAAAACUGAUACAAUUUUGUAUUAAUUUUCUUUUUCUACUGGCCAUAAAUCUCUUGGUACUUAUUUAUGUACAUGAUUUAUUUUCUUUUAUUUAAGCAGUGUUACUAUUUGAAACGUAAUUAUGUAUUGUAUUGCUGAUUUCAAAAAAAAUCGAUAGUAUUUCGUAAACAAAUCGAAAUAAUACUGUACUGUAUAACAUUAAAUUAUUAAAGGAGGAAAGUAGGUUUAUGAGAGCAUCGGUGAUUUUGAAAAAUUGCUUAAGAUAUAGCGAGUAUAUUAAGCCGCAAUCAAAUAAAAGAUACAUUGGAUAUACAUUUUAAUAUGCUAAGAAACUAGAAGAAAAAAAACACUUUUUGAUACAGAUGGAAGUAUUACCAACCCUGUAUACAUAAUUAUUUUGGACCUGGUAUGGUGUGAUAAUGCCAACGGUAUCGACUAGGUAAUUCGUUUUUUUUGCGAUUACUAUUCCAAAUCACCUUGAGUCGGUUCCGGCUUCGGCCGUAGUAUCCACAGCAAAAUUUGGUGACGUGGUAGCGGUCGGUUGUGUGUGGACGAUUAGGAUUUCCGACGUGGUCGACGUUGUGCUAUUUUUUUGGUCGCUACAGUAAAAGUUUAUGACAGUUAUGCAGAUAGUCGGAGAUGGGACGGUUGGUGAUGUGGUGUUUGAGGCAGAGGAGUUUAGGACUGUAGCGAUCGGAAUUGUAGUGAUAAGGACCAUGGGGAUCGAAACUAUAGCGAUCGGGAUAGUAGUGACCAGGGCUGUAGAAGUCAGGGUAAUGGUUGUCGACAAUGAAACGGUCGGGAGUGUGGCUGUCGGCAUUGUAGCGGUCGAGAUAGUGACAGUCGAAACUGAUGCAGUUGGGACAAUGACAGUUGGGACAGUGACAGUUGGGACAGUGACAGUUGGGGCUAUAACAGUUGGGACUGUGACCAUUGGGACUGUGACAGUUGGGACUGUGACAGUUGGGGCUGUAACAGUUGGGACUGUGACAGUUGGGAUUUCGGCCGUCGGAAUUAAGGUUGUCGAACGUCUGGUGAAACUCGGUACUCGAUCCGAGUGCCUCAUCCUUACGUGUUUGAGGAGAUGAACGCGUUUUUCGAACAAUAUCUCACAUAUGUUGCAGUAUAUGCGUGCCUUGCCUAUGUGUAACCGUUUGUGUACCAACAGCUUUAAGGCAGACGUGCACAACUCAGAACACACGUCGCAUUUAAACACCUCCUUUUUUUGACUUCUGGCCGCAGGAUGCACAUCACCCACGCAAAACCCAACGAGCUGUUUCACAGACUGUUUGACGAACUUUUUUACGAAACGUUUGACAGGCUGUUUGAUAGAAUGUUCGUUAUCGGAGAAUUUUUCGAUGUUUGACAGGCAAACGUUCUGCCCAUGCAUUUGCCAGUAGUGAGUAGCUAAGUCUUUUUUAGAACUAAACCACCUCUUGCACGUGUGGCAUAUAAACCACUCCGACCAUAAAUCGUCGUUCGUCGGCUCACUUUCCGUAUCCAAGUCUAACAUAAGUAUUCUUUUACUGUAACAAUUUUGAAACAAAUUCAGUUUAGCGACAUAACAGUACACAGUAGUAUUUUAAUUUAUGUACCGAAAGCAAUGUACAACGAAUUGUGAGCAGAGCUUGGAAAAUGAGAUGAGUUUGCAUUAUUAAAGUAAAUAUAGCCGUAGUUUUUCUCUUGUACUUGAAAUAAUCCAGAAAUAAACAAAAACAUAAAAUCUGAUAUUUUAUAUAGUCAUUUUUUUUUUUUUUUUUAAAAAAAACCAGCACUUCAAUAAAUUAUAAAAUUGGAUAACCCACACCUUAACAAAUUUAAGUUUCUUUGUUAUAUUCAAAAUGAAAAAAAGAAAAAGAGUAAAAAUAUUCUUUAAUUAUCUACCUAGAAUAAACCUAUACCCGAAAUAUUUGUAUUGAUACGUUGUAUCGCCUUACUAGUAAAAGAAUACGCUGUCUCUUUCAUCAUCGUCAUCUUCAGCUUUGCGUUUAUUAUUCGUCAUUUCGGAUGGCGACAUGAAUUUUUUCUGAUAUUUGAUGUAUCAGUACGUCCAAUUGAUAUUUUGCUUCCGUUGUCAAACUUAAAUAACAGAAUCAGUAAUACAAAUUUACAAUCGUUUAAUAAAAAUAAAUUUUAUUUGCCGUAAAGCAGUACUACCGAGCAAAUAACAUCAAUGUUCGAUUAAACAAAUCGAUCAAUGUAUGGCAUAAUUAAAAAAAGGAAUAAAAAUAAAUAAAUCAUUGAUACGUUACUUUGAGUUAAUAUCACGGCCGCAGAUUGUCGUCUAAAAAGUUCUCGAGAAAUAGUAGACAACUUUCCGCGAUGAAACUUUUAUACUUAUUAAACCGAUUAUAAGUAGGUAUACAAAAUACAAAUACAUAUAUUGUAUUGCUUUGAGAAAGUGAACUCGAAAUAAUAUUAAUGAAUAUUUUAUAUGCAUAUAUAUUUUAUAUUAUAAUAUGGUAUCUUGGAAACGGCCCCAAAUUAAUAUAACGGCCGGGUUUAAAACAAAAUAAUGUUAUUGCUACAAUUCAUACACUUAUAAUCAUACGAAUACAAUCUUUAUACGUCUUACAAAUACAUUGACUGAAUUCAUAUUUAUAUUGUACGUUUGUAUGUCCGAGAUAAUUUUUGAAACAGCCUAACGUAUUUCGUUGGGCACUGCGAUAUAAAAUGUUUUUCAGGGCAUUUUUUCCGUAAUUCGACCCCUGUGCAACAUUCGAGUAGAUCCUGGACCUUAGUGGCGUCGAUACAUUUUACAAUUUUAAGUACCCGAUUGAUUACGGGUACUAUACACUAGUCGGGUCCCGGAUUUUGGUAUUUAAUAAUACACUGGUUGGUCCGAAUUUUUAAAUGUAAUACAAUUACCUUUUCAUUCUUCUUCUUCCGGCUUAGGACUUGGUGCAUUUGGUUAUUUUCUAAAACGUUGUUACAAUUAUGAUGAAUAUGACCUUAAAUGAAAUGUAAUAGUGCACUUUUCAGUUUCACAUAAUUCAGGUGUCAAAAUGUCUUCAUCGGAUGAGGAUAUGCUUGUAACAUUCAUGUAUUUGAGACAUAAGAAAUGGUAAAAAAUUAUAUUGAUUCAUCCUUAUUAUUCAUUAUACAUUAACCCCAGUUUAUUCAUAUUUUCCAAAGGAAUAAGACCAAGAUCCAGUCAAAUUUCAUGGAUUUUAUAGAACGAGUAUUGAAACGUUUUAAAAUUGAGUAGAACUAAUGAAACCACCAAUUAAAAGAUAGGAUACAAACUACCGAAAAGUAGUGUCAGGCGAGGAAAACUUCUUAUUACAUUUUUUUCCUGUUUUGAUAAAAAUCCAGCGUUUCUUAACCGGUGGUAUGCGCACCCCUGAGGGCGUUGGAGAAAAUCUGGGGGGUUACGAGUAAAAACAAAAUUUAUGGUGGUAAAAGUAAAAUGUGUUAUACUUGGAAUAGUUUGUUAUUUUCUGUUUGUGAACAACUUUUCUACCAGAUAUCUUGCUCCGAAGUAUAUACCGUAGCAUUUUUUGUGAAAGGUAAUUUUCUCUAAUAUUGGUGCACUAGGGAGGUCAUUUUUUUGAUUUUACAACGAUUUUUUCGAAAAAAUCGGGAAAACCCUGAAAAAAUGAGUUAAAACUACAAAUAAUUACGACGCACCACGGUGUUAUCCUUUUCUUUGUUUUUAUGAUGUUUGCACUUUGUUUUUUAGCAGAAAUAUUGCUUUAAUCCAAAAAUGAUGAGGUAUCGAUUUUGUUCCUUAUAAUAUUAUGCCACUGAUAGUGGAAGUUGUUUUUUGAUAGUCAAAGUAUGUUUUUGUAAUAUUCGGGAAACCAAAAGAUUAAAAUUGAUUAAUAUUCACGGCAACAUAUAGCAUCCCGGUUUCAUUAUUUUUAAUUCAAUCUAUUUAUUCUACCAGAAAUAUUGCUCCAAUAAAAAACAUCAACUGAUCUUUUUUGUUAAAUUUGUAAUUUAGUAAUCAAGUUGGUAAACAAGAAAGUCUUUUUUUGAUUUACUUUACAUUUUUUUAAUAAUAUCAUAAAACUAAAAAAACAUUGUAUAAAGUACGGGAAAAUUUACGAAAAUAAUUUUUUAUUAUUUUCAAUUUAGUUUUUUUAAUGUAAUUUAGUUUAACUAAUUCAGAAAAACUUAAAAUGUUGACCGGAAACUUAUAUUUACUUUUUCUGGACGUGGUAAAAACUUUCCCGAGACAAUUUUUAAUUUUACGAGUUUUUUUAUUUAAUAGGUACUCUAUAGAUAAAUUGAUAGAUUCAUCAGAAAUUGAAUUUUGAAAACUUGAUAGGAGUUUUAUUAAAAGUCGUAAGUAGUGAUAAAAUACAAAUUUUGUUUCAUGUAAUUUUUUUUUUAUAAGAUUUAAAAUCAAAUUUUGACGUGAAUCGUAAGUAUUACGGCCUUUCAAAACUUAUUUAACCGAAUAUCGCACCUAAUCGUUUUUCGUUAUCAAUGAUUUAAUAAGUUAAUUUAACUUUAUGCAAUAACUUUAUGCAUCUCACCUUCCCACUAUACCUACCAACAACAGUGACUGCAGCAACCAACCCAAAUAUCAGCCCUUUUUUUUACUUUUCAUUUUUUUUACUCUUAAGUUCGUUGUAUAUAGGGACAUAUUUAAUACGUCUCUUUCGGUCAAUAAUAUAAGCAUCGUUUGUUCAAACGUAUUUCCGUUCGUAAACUCUACGCUAUAUACACACACACACACUGAGUCUGCAUUUAUUAUUUUCCAAGUGCUGUGUAAAUUCCGUACGGGUUUUUUUUUAUGAUUUUUGUUUUUUUUGCUUUUCGAUCAAGUUUAGCAAGUCGAGAUCGUAUCGGGGGGGGAGGGGGUAGUUCGGUUUGUUUGAUUAGGUAUAUAAUAUACACAGACUGUGUAUUACACAGUACAAGUAUCUAUUUUCAUGAUGAACAAUAUAUUCACGCGAUAACAUCAUCAAGCUGAUAGCUUCUGCCUGCUGUUUUCACAAACUGCGUAUUUUAUCGCAUACGGUCGGUCAAUCGCAAAUAUUGUCGUUUCAAUACGUUGAGCAUUAAAAUAUAUAAUACGAAAAUAAGGAUUUUUAAUUCACAUCUUUGUUUUUGUAUCCAUGUGCGAAUAAUGUCAACUUUCGAUUUCACGACAAUACAAAUUAUUAUCCGAUGUCCGCAUCGUAACUCGUGUUCGCAUCAAAAAUAACGCAUAGAAAUUUAUCCGUGAUAUUCGUAUACGUCACUUUUUUAUGUUUUGUUCGUAACUCUGUUGGUUUUUAUUACUCUGUCCGCAAUAUUAGUAAACUCCGAUCGAGGUAACCGAAUUGUGAUACCCCUACAAUAAGUCUACCGUAUAUAGACAAUCGAUACAACCGAAAAGUAUCGAUAAUUGUAAUUAUAUUCCGGAAGAAAUUAUAUUACAUUUAUAUGUAGGACGGAGACAAUGGAUUGCAUCCCAAAAAAAGUUAGGUAAACGAAAAAUCGAGUAGGUAUGUUGAUUGUAUCCAUCGAUAGGUUCUUUUACCGUUCUCGAGUUUCGAUUGCGCUUAGCUUUAACAAAUGUGCAUUCGAUUGCAUUAUUUCCACCCACCAUUAAAUUAUUAUGUUAGAAAAUAUUAUUAUAGGUAGCUAUGUUGGAAAUUUAAAAAAAAAAACGUCAGAAAUAUUAGUGUAACAUUGUAGUUAUAAUAACACAGUGGUUUUCAAAUUGGGUACACUGAUGUGCCGCGGUCUUUUGAAAUUUGUUUCCAAAAAUGAUCGCAGUGUACCGAGUAAAUGUUGAGGAAGUGUGCCGUGGUCAAAACACAAUUUUGAAAACCACUGAUAUAACAUAUAGGACGUAUUUAUGAUACUGUAAACCGGUCGAAAAUUCAAUACAAUAGUGAUGAGAUAUUAAAAUUAUAUUAUAACCGAAAUCCAAUGCGUUCUGUAGUUAGUGUUUACAGCACAAUAUAGAUUAUCGAAAUCGGGUUCGACUGAUGACUACGCGUAUAACACGUUCAUUAAUCAGGCAACUUGGUAAAUAUAUAAUAAUUAUAUUUUGGUUUUUACACGGUUUUUAUUAUAAAUAUAUAAGAAAUGCGUAUUUAUCGACAGAGUUGGCCACUCUAACGACUCUACAAUAAUAUUACAUACAUAUAUACACAUAUAUGUUUUCACAGUUUCAAAAUAUCCAGCGUUUAAAUCGAUAACCCCGAAUUCUGUACGUCUACGUGAAUAUUACGAAAAAAGCGGUUAAUAUUUCGGUUAAUAGUGUGUAUUUUGAUUAUAUUUCUUUUGUUAUUUUUUCUACUGGCCAUAAGCUACCGGUAUUUAUAUACACGAUAUAUUUUCUUUUUUUAGGCAAUGUAACUACUCGUAACAUAAUGUAUUAUAAUAUAUUGUAUUGUUAUCGUUUAUCGAUUAAAACAAUAAUAUUCCGCAAACGACGGGAAAUAAUAUUGUAUUGUUGAUUGUUUAAUUAAGAUUUUUUUUUUUUUUUUUAUGAGGGGAAUAGAGGGUUUCUGAGAGCAUGUUACGCCGCAAUGAAUGAAAUGAUCGGUCGGAUCUAAAUUCAUAAUAAUGUGCUAAGAAACAAGAAAUAGAAAAAAAAAUGUGUUUACACGUAUAUACGGAAGUAUGACCAACUCUGUGUACAUAAUUAUUAUGGACGGUCAAAUCGCUAAUGAGUAGUAAUUGAUAUUUACAAAACCGAACGAAAAAAAAACUAGGUAAUAGAAGAUGUAAUUUUGAACAACUGGUCGUCGUCAGCGGUUGGUGAAGACGGAUCGACUAGGUAAUUCGUUUUUCUGAGAUGGCGAUUCAAAAUCACUUCAAGCUGGACCCGCUUCGGCCGUGGGUUUUGUGUGGACGGAUAGGACUGCCCAUACGGUCGGCGUUGUGCUGUCGGUUUGGUUCCUACAGCAGAAGGUUAUAACGGUUAUGGAGACGAUCUCGGAUGUAGUGUUAGGGGCUCAGGAUUUGGGACUGUAGCGGAGAGAACUGUGGUGAUCAGGAAUAUGGAUAUUGAGACUAUGACGGUCGGGGCUAUGGUAAUUAGGAUUAAGGCGGUCGGGAAUGUAGCUGUUGGGCUUUUGAGGACUUUCGAGACUGAGACGGUUGGAAAUAAAACUAUCAGGAACGUGGCUUUCGGAAUUGUGACGGUUGAGACGGUGAAAGUUGGAACUGUGGGGGUCGAACGUCUGGUAAAAUAUGCUACCCGAUCCGAGUGCCUAAUCCUUACGUGUUUUUGGAGAUUAACGCAUUUGUCGAACGUUAUCCCACAUUUGGCGCUGUUCGUGCAUGUCCUGUCUAUGUGCAACCGCUUGUGUACAAACAGCUUUAAUGCAGAGGUGCACACUGCAGAACACAAGUCACAGCUAAAUGCUUCUUUUUUUCGACCCCAGACCGCAGGACGCACAUAGCUCGACAAGAACUGUUUGACACACUGUUGGACAGACUGUUUGGCGGACUCUUUGACAGAUUGUUUGACAGACAAUUUAGCGGACAGUUCGAUAGACUGUUUGGCAGAAUUUCCAUCUUUAAAUAAUUUGUUCUUGCUUGAACGUCUAGUGUUUUUCCCAUGCAUUUGCCAGUAGUGAGAGGCCAAACCUCUUUUAGAAUUAAACCAUCUCUGGCACUUGGAACAUGUGAACCUCUCCGACCACAGACACUUGUACACGGGCAUGGUUUCCGUAUCUGAGUUAGCCGUUUGUAUUCUAUUACUGCAAUAUGUUUUGCAAAAAUCAAUGUUGCGUUUGUUAUACAUACUAGCACCCAACCGGUAUUGUAUUAGUCAAGACGAUAUGGAAUUUUCAAUUUGAUAAGUUUCCGAAAAGAACAAAAAAAUAAGAGUACGCCACAUUUGUAAGCAGAAUAUUGGAAAUAUAUACACUGUAAUAUUUUAAUUUUUACAACAAAAGCGAUAGUAAAUAUUUACAUUUAAAAAAGAAUUCUGAACAGAGCUUGGUCUAUUGGACAAGCUUGACUAUAAUAAUUAUAGCAGUAGUUUUUCCCUUGUAUUCAAAUCUUGAGGUAAUCCAGAAAUUAAAGAAAACAUAAAAACCUAUAUAUUUUAUCGUCGUUUUUUUUUUCUUUUUAGAAAAACUUUCUAACGAAUAAUAUUAAUUAACAGCCCACACGGCAAAUCUAAAAUAUUUCCUCCACUGAAAAUGAAAAAUGGAAAAAAUGGAAUAAUACGAUCUAUUCAUAUACCCAGACUAAACUUACAGGUUUAAGAAUAUUUUGCCUCUCUUCUCUUCGUCGUCUUCGACUAAGGGUUUGUUAUUUAUCAUGCCAGUUGGCGACAUGUUUAUUUUUUGAUAUUGGGCGUAUCGGUACAUCCAAAAGCUUUUUUGCUUCCGUGGCCAAACUUCAACUAAAAUAACGGAACCAUUAAUAAGCAAUUACAAUCGUUAAAAAAAAAAAAUUCUAUCUGCCGUAAAACAGUACGACCGAGCGAAUAACACCAAUGCGGUGUGAAGCAAACGGACGUAUUGAAAUCGCAUUUAUUCAGAGUUCGAUUAAAACAAAUCCGUUAUUGCACAAUUAAAAAAAGAAAAAGAAAUAAAUAAAUGUAUACGUUACUUUUAGGCAUAAUCACGGUAGCAAAUUAACGACGAAAACGUUUUUGAAAAAUAAUAGAAAAACUUUCCGCGAUGAAACUUGUAUAUUUAAUAUCCAAUUAUAAGUAGGUAUACGUAAUACAAAUAGAUAAAGUGCUCUCAUAAAAGUGAACGCGAAGCAAUAUGAAUGAAUAUUCGAAUUGACGAUUCAUUAAAUAGUCAUUAUUGUUGAUUCGUUUUAUAAUAUGGUCUCCUAGAAACAGCCGUGAAUUAAUAUUAUAAAGGCCGGCUUUAAAAUAAAACAAUUUUAAUUUUUUUGCAACAAUUUGCACAUUUAUAUUCAUAUGAAUACAAUCUAUAUACGUCAUACAAAUACAAUAAUUUAAUUUUCAUAUUGUACGUCUGUAUGUCCGGACUUUUCUUUGAAACGGCUGAAGCGAUUUCGGUUGGUACUUUCACUAUGAUAUAGAGUGUUUUUGGAUGGAUUUAUUCCUUCUCAGCCGUAUCCGAAUUGAGGUCCCGGACACUAAUGGUGUACUGGUGUUGAUAGAUUGAACGCUAGUAAAGUCCCGAUGGAUUUCUGGUACUAUAUAUUAGUUGGAUCCCGGCUUUAAAACUAUAAAAAACAUUUCCCUUCCCAUUUUUGCAGACUUAAAAUUUCGAAUCUAUUUUUGAACUGAUUAUUUCUGUUGUUUUAUCUAUUGUACAUACAUUCACUUUUUUUUUUUAAAACACAAUCCCUGUGUAUAUUUUUAAAACUUCUCAAUUGCUUGCAAGUAUCGAUUUUAUUAUUUUGUAAAAGUCUAUAAACUGAUUGAUAUUGACUUGAUUAUCGUGCUUUAUUAUUAUAAACUUUCAAACUAUUAUGAUUAUUAUGAAUAUUACCGUAUUAUUUGACCAGUACUAUCUGCGAGAACCUGAAAUCCAUCGGGUAUACUACCAGUGGCGUUAUUUGCGGGAUGCUAGGAUAUGCAAAUGCAUCCCAUGAUUUUCUUUUAACACAUUUAAUGAAUACAGAUGUAGAUAAUUUCAUAGAAUUAUUAGAAUAAUACAACCAUUUUGUUAUAAAUUUUACAAAAAUUAUUUGUAUGGUUUUACCGGAAUAAUUUAGUGAUAUUUACAUAGAUUGAUAUGAAAUUAAAGUAUAAUACCUUUAUAGAGUAUCACCGAUUUCGAUAUUGACAAUUUUCUUUUUUUUUUUAUCAGUGUCGGAAGACAUAAGACACAGUAUAAAUAAUAUAAUAGAAUAUGUAUUAGGAUUAUGAAAUGGAAUAGUGAUAUUUAGAUUCUGAGUGGAGUGAGAGAGCUAUUGGUUAUACAAUGCUGUUUAUUUCUUUUUUUUCUUCUUCUUUGUUCUUUGUUUUAGUCUGUGAACACGUUUUUUCCUAGUAAACUUGCUCCGAUUUUUAUGUGUAGCAACUUUUUUGAAAAUCCAAAUUGUCUAGCUUGUACUUCUAUAAUCCAGAUCAUUUUUUGAUUUUCGACGCCAAUUUUUAAAUAAAAGCACUUAAGUGUGAAAAAAAGGUAAAAAAAAAGUACAAUUUUACGAUUUUAUUAUUUUAUAAAAACACAGACGACGAUUUCUACCAGAAGAAAUGAUUUAAUCGAAAAAUCACAAGCCACUUUUUUUGUUGUCUUUCUUACGGUAUCAUUUCCAAAACUUAAGAGCUUUUAAGGAAUUUAAAUUCUUUUGCUUUAAUUCGGUUAUAAGUACACGUAGAGACCUGUAACUUGGUAAUAAUACUUACAUUGGAUGUGCCUAGACGUGGUAAAAUUUCCAAAAUCAUCGAACGAAUUUUAUUUUUAAUAAGCGUUUUGGAAUCAAAUUUAAACGAAAAUCGCAAAAAAAAUAUACGGAAUUUUAAAUUAUGUAUUACUUAACUGCGCCUAGCAAUGGUUUAUCGUUGUUUACAAAUAUAAAUUAAAUAACCUCAUGUAUCCUACCUUCCCAACUUCUCAGCUACAAAAGUGGCCACUCCCAUCCCUAAUAUCAGCUCUUUUUUUAAAAUUGUAUUAUUAUUAAAAAAUAUAAUUUUCUUUACCUAUACACUAUUAAGUGUAGUGGAAUUUAUAUAUUAAUAAUAUUAAUUAAUAAUUAUCUUUCUUCAUACGCAAUUAGUUUCUGUUUAUUUACAAUACCCAUAGAUACCUAAGAGAUACUGAUAUAGUUUUUUGAAUAUUGUAGGUAUAACCAACAAACAAUAUUUAAAUGUUUAAAAUUAGAACUUUAUAUGGAAAUGUAUUAAUUUUGUCAUUUAUGUGAUACGUGAUCAAAGCGAGCGACUUUACUGUUGUAUUAUCAAUAUUCGUUCUGCAUCCUGUGAAAAAAUGUGAAAUGACUAUACCUUGUACAUUUCCCUUAUAAACCCAACUGGUGUAGAAUUUUGAUCACGGAACCCAACUCGAAUUCGCCGAUGAAAAUUCGAUGACCAUUGAUUUUCGGUUUUAUAGUUCAACAUUUUAUUUACAGGUUACCUCAGCGAUACGGGUGAAAAAAAAACAGGUUCAAUUUGUAUUAAUUUCUGUGUUAGUUUUAGUGAAUUUAUAAUUUUCCGCGUACCUACACUCCGUAGAGAAUUCUCCGUGAAAUUUAUAUUAUGUGAACAAAGUCGCGGGUACAGCUAUAAACUAAUAUAUUGCAACUUUUAAACUAAAAUCUAUACGGAGAGAAUUAUUUUUUUAUAAAUGUAAAUUUGUUUACCUGUUCAAUACUGUGCACGGACAAAACCAUGCGAGACAGCUUGUCGAAAAUAAUAUAAAAGUCCAGAUCCGUCUAACUGUAAUUUUUUUGUUUUAUUUAUAUAAUAUAUAGAACGUACAUAAUAGCGUUAGAAUUUAAAUUAUAGUUUAAACAUUAAUAACAAAAUAUUUAAAGGUAUAUUACAUUAUCGAGGGCUCUACGAAACAUAAAAAAUAAAUAAAUUGUCUUACACAAAAAAUAUUUAGCCGUGUUAAUUUGAUGCAUUUUUUGUACAAUUACGUACUAAAACUAAAAUUGUAUUAUAUUAAUGAAUUACAUUUUUCUAUAUUAAUUGCCUAAAUAAAUUGUCUCUUUAGAUUCUAAACGAAAUGAGGAAUGUAUCGUUUCACUACGAUUUGAUUUUUUUUUUCGUAUGUAUCUGUAAACAACUUUUUUACUAAAAAUAUCUUACUCAGUUCUCCAAUUAAAAAUAGUAUAGGAACUUAUUUAUUGUAUCUAUUUAUUGAUCUAGUAGGUGCAUUGAGGUAGUUAUUCUUUUAUUUGUCUUGUAUUUUUCUGAAUAAAUCGGGAAAUUGGCAAAUUUUAGUAUUAUUUCUGGAGUAUUUUGUCAAUGAAAAAAUAUGAUUUUGCUCAAAUAGCAAUGGUUUAUCCUUACAACACAAUGUUCGAAGAAAUUUUGUUAACAGACAGACAAAAUGAGAAAUACACAUUAAUGUAAAACUAAUAGAUCCCUCGCUUCACUCAGAAUUUAAAAUAGCUACUUUUUUUUAACAUUUAUUAAAAUAUAUACUAUCUGUAAUAAAGGUUACAAUAAACAUAUGAGCAACAAACAAAUAAUAAUAUACACGACCUGAAAGCUUGAAGAGAGUAGCUACCAAGCAGUAACACUCAGACGCGAUGAAUUGUUAAACUAUUUUCUCGUAUACAAAUAUUAUGAGUUUACAUUUUUAUUAUUAUUUUUGUGUAUUAGUUUAGUUAAGCCAAAUCACGACACCAAGUCAUUUUUAAGUUUUCUCGUCGGAUUCCCAGGAAUAUUUACUGAGUUAAGUUCAAGGAUAAGUGGAUUUUGGUGGUUCGUAAGACGAGAAAGAAAACGCUUGUAAGAAGAUAUAGCCACUUCGACGACAGUCUGUAGUCCAAGAUCUGAGUGUAGUAUAUGGUUAAAAUAAUCACUAGUUGUAAUACAACAAACUUAAAAUUCAUAGAGAAUACAAUAUUUAUUAAGUAUUUAUUAUCGAUAUUGCGCAGCCACAGGUUUGACAUCUCUGGAUUCAAUCCUCCCGGGCUAAGUUUAAACGGGCACUGAUUAUCAUGCAUUAAGUCGAGCGUGUGCCUGGUGUAAGGAGAAAAUCUCUACUACAUAAUAGACAAAACAAAAAGGUCUUGGCAACCUAGUGACUUGAUAAGCACGAGUUGAAAUGAGCAAUUUCCUCCACGGUCAUAUACAGAGUGAUUCACUAAGCGUGCUCACUCUAAUUUUUUGGUCAUAUUUUGCAUAUAUUUAAUUAAUUAAUUAAUAAUUUUGAUUUUCGGAAUUGUAAGUGUAGUUUAAGCCGAUAUUUUCGAAUACUUAGAUUUCUCCAGACAUUUAAGGAGUAUACUGCGGUAAUACCAACUUUGGCUUUCCAAAUGAGAACUUUCAUAAAAAAUUCCAUAAAUAUAUUGUGUAUUACUUUAAAUAAAUGUCGGUGUUAAAAUAUUUGAUUUCCGUCAACUAGUUGGUGAGAUAUUUCACUUUUAAAUUUAGAUAGGGGAGAGUAGAGAAGUAUCAUAUGUGUGGCGGCACGGUGAGAGAACGAACAAAACUCGUCCGUUCUAGCGUAUUCUUACGGUGAGUAGGUAGUAGAAUGGGAAAAAUUUGGAUACAAAACCGCGGAGCUCGUUCAUUUAGAUGCGUCAAGGAGUAGCAUUCUCUCACCGGCUGAAAUAUAGAAGUUUUACAUUGUGGUUAAAAAAAAAUUGGUUUAGGUAAUACACGUACCUGGUACAUGCGUCGUAUAUAAUGUGUUAUUUAGUAUUAUGCAAUUUUGUUUUGUAAGUAUUCAAAAUUAAUCAAGUUAUUCUAUUAAAAAAAAAUAUAUUAUACUCUAUACUGUUGUUUUUUUAAUAUUUAUUUUAUAUAUUGUAAAUCGUUAUAAUAUGUAUUAUACAUGACUGUUUAUUUUAUUCAUAAUAAAAAUUUGCUCAAUUUACAGGACAUAUUUUGGUUUUAUAUUUAUUCAAUACAAUAGCUUAAUAAUUGUCUUCCUAAAAACUUAAAACUUUUAUAUUCUUUCAGAUUAAAAUAAUUUUGCCCCUUCCUUUUGUCAUUACCCUUUUAAAAUGUUUAUCUUUAUUCCAUAUAAAAUAUGAAAUUAAUAAAUGAAUAAAUUCAAUAGAUAAGCGAUAAAUUGGAUAAAUUGAAUUUUAAUAAAAUAUAUAAAUACAACAAUAUUUUUUUAUAAAAUCUUGUUUUUAGAUUCCGGAAAUGGCGAAGGAUCUAUUGGUUUUACUACGUACAUAAUGUGUUUUUAUUGUACGAUUCCAUUAUUUUAAAUUUGUACAGUUUAAGUUUUCCAUCGGAAGUAUUGCUCCAAUAGAAAAACAAAAAGACCCACUUUUAUUGCAUUUUUAAUUUAGUUGUGGUUUAUUUAAUAAUUGAGCAAAACUGAAAAAAAAACGUAGUAAAAAAUUUACAAAAAUAAUGUUUUUAUUACAAUUUUGUUUUUUGUUUUAAUUCAGUUAAAAAUAUUUGUAGCGACUUAAAAUUUUAACAAAACUAAUAUUGGCCUCUUCUAGACAUAGCGACUUUUUUUAAACGUUUGAGCAAUUUCUAAACUGUUAAUAGCCAAUAAUCAUAUUUUGUUUGCAAAUUUCGUACGUAGUUUUUAUUUGAUAAGUACCUACUAUGUGAAUUUCAUUGUUUGACCUAACAGAAAUAAUUGCUUGAAUAUUUAACAGAAAAUCAAUGAUAUGUUAUACUUAGUGGUCAAAAAAUAAAAUUUUAGUGUAAUGUAAUAUAUUUUAUUUUUAUAAGAGCUUAAGUAUCUAAUUUUGAAUAUUACCUAUAAAGACUAUACUAAUUACUAAUUAUAGGUACCUAAGAGUAGAUUAUUAUUCUACUCUGAGCCACGUAAUAUAAUAUAAACACAAUUAUUAUAUUUGAAUAUUCAUUUUUUUCAUUUUCUUCCAAGUCUAGUGAAUACGCGGACUUUCGGUGGAUCAUGUCAUUAAUAAAACUGUGGUUAUAACGUUUCAGAUAUGUUGGGUCGGGAAGAAAUGGGCAUGCCAGAAGGAUCGGACGCCGUCGCAUCUACGUCACCUACUAUCAUUACGACUUCGAUGACCGGCACAGUGCCGUUAACGUCGACGACGAAUUCACUACCACCUCUACCGCCGCCAUUGCCAAUUCAGCAAAAUACUGCAAUUUCUCCAUCACAACAACUGAAUACUUCCGCUUCACCUCCGUUAUCGCAACAGAAGUCUACUUCCGUGUCGUCAGCACCACUGCCACAGCCAAAGACCUCCGUUCUGCCGGCGCCAUGGAAGCAAAGGUUGACUACGGUCCCGGAACCACCACGGCAGCCCGAGACCAUGGUUCCUACGCCCCCACAGAAAGUUACUGCUCCGGUGUUACAACUGCAGCAACUUAAGACUACGCCACAAACGGUGACGUCGUCGUCGUGGCCUUCGGGUGAUUGGAUUUUGGAGGUGGUUGAGAAGAUUAGGGCCACGGCUAAAGCUCGAAGGAAGGGAACAGGCAGUGACGCCGAGGACACGUAUGACUACGACGAAGACGACGGCGGCGACGACGAAGAUGACUACAGCAACGACGAGAUAGAAGAGAUUGAAGAACCGGCCGUCGCACCUACGGACGCAUCAAUCGUACCGGCCACUGCACACUCACCGCCACCACAACCACCACGACUCAUGGCUGGCCACAUGUCCAGAUACCAGUUCAAACGAAUAGAUGGCCGCCCGGACGACGGCCGCGUCAACGGCACGUACGUGGCAGUCGUCGAGAGUGACCGUCCGUCACGUGGUGUCAUCUAUGACCCGGUGAGUAAAAUAUACGAGUGACAAAAUACAGAGGAUGCACCGAAUAAUGAAUUCCUGAAGAGUAUUUCUGUGGAAAAUAUUUCUCCAGAAUCUACAAACUAAAAAUCGUAUUUAUCCGGAAAAUAUAAUUCCGAAAUUUUUAUUCGCGUAUAUAUACGAUUUCACUACUGACCGUUAUAACCAGCAGGGAGUGAAACCGGUUUGAAAAGUAAAAAGAAAAACAUUGAAAACACUAAACGAAAAAAAUCUAAAACGUUUUCUUACAGGAAAAACCAAAUCUUUCUACACGUUUUUACUCCCUUAAUCAUCAUUUCAUGUACGUGUGUGAAACAUGAAAGUUAUUUAUUUGAGAGACUGAUAAACAGUGCUUUAACUCCACUCCCUCUCCAAUGUACUUUAUAAAUUGAAAUCAUCUAACAGUAAUAUAACAAUUUACAUUGCAGACAUAGGCGUACGUACAGGUAUGACUAAUUGGGCCAUAGCCUCAACCGAGCCUUCUUUUUAUACACUGGUAGGUAUUGGGUGUCUUAUGAAAUUAUGACUAAAAAUAGGUAUAGGGGGUUUAGUUUUGAGGCGUCUAUGUAUGUACUCAAAAGAUUACAUAUAGGUAUAGAAAGUAUACUACCAACUACCAAAUUGUUUGACUUCCUGUAUCAUAUAACUAUAAAAUGUGUAACUUAUUAUAACCGUAUAAAAUUCAGAGUACAGAAGAAGAUAUUAUUAAAUUUUAUAUUUUAAAACUUUAUUUUACAUUAAUGUUAAUGAAAAAAAUUUAUUGAAAAACUACUGACCCCGGGAUCCACCACUGGUUAUUUGACGAAUUAAAAAUUUAAUUGCAGAAAAGUGUCAUUAUGACACAAUUUCGGAAUUUUUGUACUUAACUGGUAAUAUAAAACUAGUGAUUUUAAAUAAUUCUUAAUUUUUAGUUUCCAUUGGAUACACAUGAUAAUGAUUGA